ACAGCCUCCGGACACGCAGGCUCAGCAGCCAUGGCUCACGGGCCCAGCCGCUCCGCGGCACGUGGGAUCUUCCCGGACCAGGGCACGAACCCGUGUCCCCUGCAUCGGCAGGCGGACUCUCAACCACUGAGCCACCAGGGAAGCCCAGUACUGCAUAGUUUAUGGGAGUAAGACUGUCUUGGAGAGCUCUAGAUCUGCCCCCAGCCCCAAACAUGGGCAGGGUGGAUGCCAAGCCUGCCUUAUCUGAAUGGAGAAUCCUGUGCCCUUGUGCAAGAGCCGACACGUGUGUUUCACAUUUCUUAAGUUCGUUUUGUUGUUUUGUUCAAGCCACAGGCCCAAGUGGGCUCAUAAUCCCCAUCCCAGACAGACUGCCAGACACAUUACUUGGGCACCCGAGUUCAUGCAGAGACGCUUACCUGUUCAAUUCCUGACUUUUAGCCCUGCCCCACCCUGCAGCUGCCUUCAAGUCCCAGCACUGAUAGACUGAGUAGAAGUGGGAGUCAGAAGAAGUAUGAGAACUCAGGACUGCAGAUUCAGAGACUGUGACAGGCUGUGGGAUGACUCUACCCCAGCCUCAGCCCAAGAGCCCUGGAAUUCCAGGACUUUACCUACCAUCACCAAGGAUAUGGCUGGCCACCUGAGACCAUGGGUGAAUGUGCCACGAAGUGCCGGGAGGUUCCCAAACUCCGUGCAGGGCUCCUAAUUUUAAUAUAAGGAGGCAAGACUAGGAUGUGUUUCUACUUAUUUUAGGGAGUGGAAAUCAAAUCAGUCAUAAGUACUCUGUACACACAGAGAGUGACUGUGAUGAGGCUUAAAGCGGAGGGGAAGAGCUAGUAAUAAUAUAGUACUAGUGAUGCUGAUAAUGACAGUAACUACCAAGCGUGAAGAUUAACUUUGUGCCUAGCAGUAUGCUAAACAUUCACUUCUUUCAUUUAAGCCUCACAAUAAUCCUAUGAUGUGCAUGCUAUUAUUAUCUCCAUUUUACGGAUGGAGAAACUGAGACUUCAAGGCAUGAGCUGCUUUCCCAAAGUCAUACAAAUGUUAAGUGCAGAAGUAGGAUCUGAAUUCCAGCAGUCUCACUCCAGCAACCAUACUGUGGAAGCCGGCGAUGCCUCCUUAAGCCGUGUCUGGGCUUGGAGAGGAUGUCCUCACUGAUGGACCAGAGCAUGCCAGCCCCUGUGGCUGGUGUGGCAUUCUGAAAGGCUGUCUGGCAAGUUUUGCUUGCUCUGGUUUCUCACUAAAACAACCUUUGGAUUUGGCUUCCCAGGCAACUCACAUACAGGAAAAGAGGGCCAUGACCUGCCAACAUGACAGCUGUAUUUUUCACUAGUAACUUAAUAAACUGGCUGCCUGGGUUCACAUACAUACCUGUUUCUGACAGCUUGGUUAAGGUGAGCCCACCCCAGAGCUGAGGCCCACCAUGUGCCAACUUAAUUGAGAUUCUGGGCAUGCAAGCGUAGCCCCCAGCUGAGGCCUCUGUGCCAAGGAAAUUCCUCUUGGCCUCCUUUUGGCUGGUUUGGCCCGCCUUCCCCAGUGACAGUCUGGCUCUUUGGAUUCGAGCUGCCUGGUCAAACUGUGAGGGUCUGCAGAAAGAAGGAAGCAACAGUGCCAGGUUCCAGUGCGUGUUCCAAGUUCCACAUUCUGCCUACAGACGCCCGGCGCCAGAGCAAAGGCUGGCCCUUGGCAGUGGACUGCUCAGAAUGUGGAACUCUGGAGACACUCCUGAAACUCUGCCCUAAGUCAAAGGAACCAGAGAGUCCACCAGUUCUCCCUCCACCUCCCUUUCCAGGAGCAGCCAUGGCCCUGAGUGAUGUCAAUGUGCAGAAGCAGAUUAAGCAGAUGAUGGCUUUCAUUGAGCAGGAAGCCAACGAGAAGGCAGAAGAAAUAGAUGCCAAGGCUGAGGAAGAGUUCAGCAUUGAGAAAGGACGCCUUGUACAAACCCAGCGACUGAAGAUUAUGGAGUAUUAUGAGAAGAAAGAGAAGCAGAUAGAGCAGCAGAAGAAAAUCCAGAUGUCUGCCAUGAGGAAUCAGGCAAGGCUGAAAGUCCUGAGAGCCCGAAACGACCUCGUCUCAGAGUUGCUGAAUGAUGCAAAGCUGAGACUCAGCAGGCUCGUGGCAGACCCAGUAUUUUACCAGGGGCUGCUGGAUAAACUAGUGCUCCAGGGUCUGCUCCGACUGCUGGAGCCCGUGGUGAUUGUACGCUGCAGGCCGCAGGACCUCCUCCUGGUGGAGGCUGCAGUGCAAAAAGCCAUCCCUCAAUACACGACAGUCUCCCACAAACGUGUGGAAGUCCAAGUUGACAGAGGGGUGCAACUGGCUGCAGAUGCGGCUGGAGGUGUGGAGGUCUACAGUGGUGAUCAGAGAAUAAUGGUUUCCAAUACUCUGGAAAGUCGACUGGAUCUCUUAUCCCAGCAAAAGAUGCCAGAAAUACGAAAGGCCUUGUUUGGAGCCAGUGCCAACAGGAAGUUCUUUCUAUAAGCCUCUAGGAAGUGAAGCUCAUGUUGAAUUUCUAAGCUAUAAAAGCAUGAGUUAUUAGGACAAAGGAAACCAGUAAUAUCUCCUCCUCUUUUUUGCUCUGGUAUUAGUCUGUCUUCAUGAAAUACCCUUUGACUAGCUAAAGGCAUUACACUUUGGAAUAAAGCCUGACUUAGUGCUUAGCAACCUAUUUCCAAUUUAUACAUAUUACAGCCUCUUGUCAGUUGUACAGUCUGUGUUGAAGGGAGUAGAGACAUCUGCUCUUUAGCUCGUCCUCAAACUGAGAUGUGAAUGGUAUUCUUGACCUAUGGGUCUGAAUACCAAAUGUGAAUGGUAUUCUUGACCUAUGGGUCUGAAUACCAAAGAGGCAGCUCUUUAAUAUGUAUGUGAAGUUUGUUUUUCUUCUUUUGUCUCAGCUUCUUGUUCUUAUGUUAUUUAAUAAGGUCUAGAACUCUUUUUCAUGUGUAGAGGGUCAACUUCACGGGUAUAUGGUACGUGCAGUCACACAGAGCUCCAUGUCAGAAGAGCCUGGCACUUGGGGUCUAAUGCUUUAUAGCCACUGUCUGGAAAUUCUUAAUUUUAUAUUUGCAUGUGUCCUUUAUAAGUGAAGUCCAGUGGGACUUUGGAGCAUGUGUCAGGGACUUGGACCUUGGCUCACACGUAGUACUCAUUCCCGAAGCCUACCCAUCUCCCUGGGUUGGGUUCUUGCCCACCCGCUUCCCAGCACCCUGGUGCUCCAAGACCCUGCCUUCCCUUCCCUCAACUAGUGCUCAUUGCUGCCCUCUGCCCAGUGUGCAUGCAGGGAGGGUCUGUAUGCUCCGUAGAAUCUUAGGGCUGGGCAUAAUGGUGGCCAUCUCUGCUCAGCUUGGCAGCUCCAUGGCACAUUCAGCAGGUGACUUGGUGAGCUUGGGUCUCUCACCCACCAGAUACUGGGCACAUCUCAGUGUGGAGGUUUAAAGACCCUGGGGUUCACCUGUCUCCUGUGGAUUGGAUCAGCCAGCCUGUUGGAAUGGGAGAUGCCUGGCUUGGCUUUCCUGACCCCAGCCUCGGUACAAUGCAUAGAUCUGGGGGCUGGUGGGAAGGAGGGCCCAGCAGUUGUCAAGGUUGCUGGGCCUGAGUCUCGGGGAGGGAUCUUCAGGAGCUUAUAAGGGUCUGCACUUGCCCUGUGAAGUAUCCUGUGCCUGAUGGAGUUCUCCAUUAGACAACUCGGUGUCUGGGGGCGACUUGGACUCAUCUCUUGUGACCAGCUGGGUGCAUCUUCUGGGAGAAGCCAAGAAAUACAGUCACUGUGGUGAUUCUCUAUAUGGGCAUUGCACAAUAUAAAGAGAAAUGAUAAAAUUCAUGCUAAGGAUUUUAUAUUGUAAUUUUUAUUUACUUAGACAUUAAAUAGCAAAUAAACACCACGACAAGCCAAAAGAGAGACUACAGAAGAAAAGAAAAAGCUUUAUAAGUAUUUUUAGUACCUUUAACUGUACUUUUUGAACAAAGGAUUCCACAGUUUCAUUUUACACUGGGCCCCAUAAAUUAUGUAGCGGUUCUGCAUGUGUAUGGUGAUUUAAAGUCUAAUUUAUGCCUGAGUGUGAUUUAUGUAUUAAAGUAGAAGUUUUUUGAAGAAAAGAACCCCCAGGCAACUCUGCCAAGGGCAAAGGUUGGCUUGUGUGGUCAGGAAUUUAUAAGGAACAGAAAUCCCAUGAAGCUCAAACACAGAGUAGGAGGCAGGUUAUUAGUAAAGAGGGGUGUCUCAAGGGAGCUCGGGACAGGAAUCUGUCAAUGGUCUCAGGGGAGGGCUGGAACUGGGCAUCAGAAAGCUUUCUGAAGUCCUCUAGAUGGCUAGUUCAUUUUCUUUUUUAAGCAGUGACUUUUUCUACUGUCCAUUUUAUUUUUUUAUUAUAAUUAUUUUUUAAACGUAAGGACUGAUACUUUAUUUUUUUAUCUUUUUUUUUUUUUUUUGGCUGCAUUGGGUCUUUGUUGCUGCGUGUGGGCUUUCUCUAGUUGCAGCGAGCGGGGGCUACUCUUCUUUGCGGUGUGCAGGCUUCUCACUGCAGUGGCUUCUCUUAGUGUGGAGCACGGGUUCUAGGUCACGGGCUUCAGAAGUUGCAGCACAUGGGCUUCAGUAGUUGUGGCACGUGGGCUCAGGAGUUGUGGCACGUGGGCUUAGUUGCUCCGCAGCAUGUGGGAUCUUCACAGACCAGGGAUUGAACCCGUGUCCCCUGCAUUGGCAGGUGGAUUCUUGCACCACCAGUGAAGUCCUCUACUGUCCAUUUUAAAUGGUGGAGUUUGCAUGGUCCCCAGAGUUUACAUGUAGUAGUUCCAGAAACAAAUUUGCGUUUCUUGGAGUUAUUUUCUCUUUUCUUAGAAGGAAUCCAUUUGGCUCAAUUCAGAUUAGAUGUCCACCUACAGUCCAGUUGGUGUCUGGGGCAGUUCUAAGAGAAAAGGGGGUCUUUGUCAGCUGAACAGACUCCUUAAAUGGUGUCUUCUUUGUGGGCUCUUUUGAGUUGUGAAUUGACUCAUUCAUUGAAAAUUUUCUGAAUGCCAGCAAUGAGCUAGGUGCUGUGCUAGCUCCUGGGCUGCAAAGAAUACCAUCUGGUCCUGUCCUCUAAUUAUAGACACAUACACAGAUGAUAACAUGGUGAGGAUACAACGUGGAAGUGCUGUGUUCAGCGUACUGUGGAAAUACAGUAGCAGGUAGAGAGAGAGGUUCACAGAACGCUCCGGGAUGUUGGCAGUUGAGCUGGGGAAAGAACUUCAGGCAGAGGUGGGGGAUGGGGUGGGGAGAGCAUAUACAAAGGCCCUGAGGUGUGAAAAAGCAAGUUGUGUUUGAGGACCUGUGUGUAGUUCAGUGUGAUGGAGUGUGAGGGGUGAAGGGAAGUGACAUGGAUGAGGCUGGAAAGACGGACAGAGCCUGAUUAUGUGUGCUUCCUGCCCUGCUCAGGAAUUAGAUGAAAUCUGGUGUGUGUGUGUGGGGGGGGGGGGUGUAGGUGAUGCAGGCUCAUUGAAGGACUUUAUUUAUUUUUAAGUUUUUUGGCCGCACCUCACAGCAUGCGGGAUCUUAGUUCCCCAGCCAGGGAUCGAACCCACACCCCCUGCACUGGAAGCACGGAGUCUUAACCACUGGACCGCCGGGGAAGUCCCUGACAACUGGACUUUUAAAAGAUUAUUCUAGUGCCACUGUAUGUGGAGGACACAUUGGAGGGAGGGAGAGACUGCAGGCAGGAGCCCGGUUGGGGAACUGUUUAUCAGCCCAGGUGGGAGAUGACAGUCUCCCCAGCUUUUUGGUGAGGUAGGUCAAAUUCUUUGAUACACAGGCCGGAGGAGAUCAGAAUCAGUGACCUGUGUCCUAUCCGCUGCCACCUCCCUGCCUUCCACCUCAAUAAAACCUUUCACUUGUCCAGGGCUUGAGGCUUUCCAUCACAGUUUCACACCAUCUUACAAACCCCCCUGGACUCCCCCUCAGAGCCCCCCGCCUUUCUCUCCCAGCCAUCAUUCCAGGCCCAGCAAAGCAUUCCCUUCCCACUUGCCUGAGCCCCCAGACACCUCCCAUUCUGGGAACUUGAACCCCACUUCAAGCUGUAUAACCCAGGAGUGUCUAGCCCCCUGGUCCACCCCAGGUCCGGCCCUCUGAGCUGGCCUCAGUCCGUUAUUGGGGCCCCCGACAAUAAUUCAUGUCCCCCAAAUUGACAUUAAUUCAUCUCCCUUGCAAAAUAGUUUUAAUGAAAGGUUUUAUGGGAAGUUGAGGAGAGCUUCACAUAGUACACGUGGGACAAAAUUUCCCCCAGUCGCACUUCAACACCUCUCUGUUUUCCCAAACUUGUCUCUCUCCCAGAGCUGCCGGAUACGAUUUCUCCCCAGCCCCCUCCUCCUCAGACUCUCAACCCCGUGGGUUCCAGCCUCCACCCUCACAGUGUCCCCUCAGCGAAACAAAAGCUGGUGGUGAACCAAGCCUGCCCUCCUAGCCCCUGGCUACCAGGACCGCAGCCCCUGUUCAUGAGGACUUGCCAUGCAUUGCCGUUAUUUCCUGUCAGCUGCUUUGUCUCCUCGGCCCAUCUUUUUCGACCCAGAUCUUUGUCGGUAGGGACUGUGUCUUCAUUCUUCUCUGUGGUCCCUGCUGCCUUGUUCUUCUAGUGCUGACGCUGCGUGUGCACGUCGUAGGGUCUGAACAGACAUUUAUGUUUGUUGCAUUCUUCAUUCCCGGCCUGGCUCUGGUUUCUGGAUGGAGGCCUUCUCUUCAACCACGGAUUGUGCCGUAGAAAAGGGCAAUGACGUGAGGCGAGGACCAGGGCACGGACGCCCGCCCUGUAUCCCAGCGAUGGCUCUUGACAAGAAAGUCCCUCUCUACUGCUGCUGAGGGGAAGGCUGCAGAUGGGUAGAGCCUGAACUCAAGCAGGACUCACUUCAGUCAGGGCUUACUGGAUCCCUUCCCUCCCUGGGAAACAGACGAGAGGGCGUUUGCUUUGGACCUGGGUGUGAAGGCAGGGGGCUGUGGAUGGGCUGGGUCGUCCUUAGGGGCCUCAGCCACACAGAGGCAAAGCUUAGCCCUCACCUUUCUGUAGCUCCCAGUGCCACCCUAGACCUGUGGGGUAGGCUGCUGGUCACCGUCCUGUCCCUUCUGGCAGCUGCGGUCCUGUCGGGAUCUUUGCUUUAGAGAUGUUUGCACUGGGCCCUUUGUGUUAGUUGUCUGCUACAAACGUACCCACAUUCUUUAUUAGCGUUAACUGUCGUACCCUCAAGAAGGCGUGUUCCUUGUGUAAGUUCCUCAGUCCCCAGGAGCCAAAAGGAGCAAACUGUUACAACCGCAGGCAGGCACAACCCUUCCCCACCGCUCUUCUCAUUAACACUUCCUCCCGAGGUGCAAGGGAAGCUGUUUGCUGCUGACACAGACGCAGGCAGUGCUGAUGGCGAGCGAGGCUGCUUCUGCAGGCUCACUCCCUGCCUGGGGAGGGCUGGGGGAGACCGAACAUCAGGGAGCCAGGCCUUGCCCCUCACUGAGGCCAGCCCCCCCGACCCCCACAGGAAGGCUGUCGGCAAAGAUAACUUGGUGGAGGGAGAGCGUAGAUUUAAUUCCGAUCCUGAGCUGCCUGGAGAGCCAGAAAUGGAAAGGAUACUUUGAGCACGUGCUAGAACCUCAGAAAAUGCUGCAGGGCUUCCUCUCUGUCCCUAGGGUCCCAAGAUCCCUGGAAGGGGGUCAGCAGACCUAUGCUGGGCCCACCCCAACCUGCGUGGCUCUGGGAACCAGUGCAGCCCCUCACUGAACUCCCCAGGGAGAUACUCAAGUCUUUGCCCCUUUCCUCUGCCCUCCCCUGUCUCCUUCUCUGUACCCUCCCUGUUCAUUACCUCGUUUCUGACAUCUUGCCUGGUCAUUGACAACUCUGGAAAAGGCUGAAUCUCUCCUCCCACCCUCACCUUCCUAAGCUCUGUUCUAAAGCAUGAUAAACCCUCACUUUCUCACAACCCCCCAGCUUUCCCACACAACCUCACAGCUCGCCCCGUGGUCCUUUCCUGCAGGAUGGGACCCCUUUCACUGGAAGGCAGGCUACUCCAUUCUCUCCGCAGACGCAGCAGAAGGGAUCCCCAGCUCAGACAGUCUUGGCAGACCCUUGGUCCAGCUCACCACCUCCUCCUGCACACCCGUGGAGUGAUGGAAUUGGGCACGUGUUUUUUUUAUGACUGGGAGGUGAGCCCAGAGAGGGUGAUGUUUGAUGACUCCUGGCUGUUACCAAGCCUGAGUGGAUUCACAUCCCCAAGAUCACACAAGAUUUAGAACUUGAAGGGAUCUUGAAAGCCAAAUGUUCAUUUGAAUCUGAGGCUCAAAGGAAGCAAGGAAGCAGUCCUGGGUCAUAGACAGCUAAUAAGACCCUUGGGACUGCAAACAAAAAACCUGAUAAGACUGGGUUGUUGUCAUUCCUUUUUAAUGAAAACUUAAUGUAUAAAAGCUCCAAAACUUUGGCUCCCAGCAGGACAAAUAUAUUAGCAAAUACAUGGCUAUAGCUGGUUCCUUGGAGAAUCCUUCAUUUCUCUUUCCCAGGGUGUUCUGUCCUCAGGGCUCAGUCACAAUGAAGGUCUACAGAGAAGAAGUACCGGGGGGUGACUGUAUAAGGGAUGUGACUUGAGGGGGCCCAGGGAUAGACUGGGGUCCUGGAUGAGGUCAGGGCCCCGGGGGCAUAUUGGGGAGCAGAGUGGGUGGGAAGGCGGGCCCACCACACAGCACCGGCCAGAGCAGGUGCUUGUGAACCUCUGUAAAAGAAGAGAGGGAGGAGAGGAGAAAGUGGAAGCAAGUUGCACUGGGGCUCGGUAGGAGCAAGGGAAGCAAUAGGGAGUGUGUAAAGACUCUUAUUUUCUCCUUUGGCAUUUGAGCUCUGGGUUUUCACUCAGUUACAUUCAAAUCAGCAGACCUCUUAUUCAUUCAUUCAUUCCACAAAUAUUUAUUGGCUGGUUACCAAUGUCAGGCGCUCUGCCUGGCACCGCAUCCCUUUCAGUGAACAGGGCAGUUAAGACCCCAGCUUUUCCAAAGGAACCUGCUGAUGGGGAUGGUGGGCACAAGUGAGAGGGCUGAGGGCUCAGGAGGGGACCCUCGCUACACUGAGCAAGUAGACAGCUGGUGACUUCGGUUGAUCUAAGUGCUAUGGAGAAGUAAAAGGUUAUGGGCAGGGAGGCCUUUGGCGGCCUCUGCUCAGGUAGGGCCCUGUGCACCUAAGGCAGGAGAAGGAGGCAUCCACGCAAACAGCAGGGUGGGGGGAAGGGGGCGGAAGGGAAGGACGUUCUGAGCAGAGGGAACCCCAGUGUGAGGCACCAGGCAGAGAAAGCUCUGCUGGCUUGAGAAGCAGAGAGGAGGUCAGUGGGGCUUCACCAAGCGAGUGAAGGUGAGACAGAAGGGGUCUUGUGGGCGGCCCUUAAAGGGAUCUGAAUUUAUUCUAAGUACAAUGGGAAGCCACUUAGGGCUUGCAAGCAUGGAAGGGACAUGACCUCAUUUUACUGUGUCCCUGCUUCUCUGUUAGGUCCGCAACACAGCAUUUGCCCCUCUCCUUUGCUCAAAAGAAACCCCACAGAUCCCAUGGAAAUAGGAAAACAAACCACCCAGUCAUCAUCAGCUCAGAUUAAUGGACAGGUCUCUUUAUAGGCACGACUUUUUUUUUUUUUUUUCCUUAAAAGCCCUUUGUAAAUAGCAUCUGGGGCCAAUGGCAUCCCUUUUCCUUACAGAAAGUACCAUUACCUUUACCUUUGUCUUCAGUAGCAGGAGCUGCUAAUAUUCAGGUAUCGCAUGCUUUCCACUCCAAGUUGAGGACAAACACUUAAAUGUACUGUUCACAGAAAUUACCCUAUCCAAGCACCUCCACCUCCCUUUCUCCUUACUAGGGACCCUCCCCUGCCAUCGGGAUUUGUAAACCUAGGCUUCCCUCCCCCUCUUAGCUUCUUGUGCGUUACCAUACCUAUGGAAUCUUCUGGUUUUCUUUUAGCUCAAACUUUAUAGCACACCUAUCCUUCUGGACCACUCAAGUCAUAACUCCUCCUGACUCCUCCUCCUGGAAGCUUUCCUCACUGGGCUCUGGAGUGCUUGGACUUGUCACGCCCCUGGACUCAGCCCAUUGGUUUGUUUUCCACGCUUUGGAGUUUGCAUUUGUUUCUCUGGAGGGGCAGCUUCUCCCUUGCUUGUGACUUCUUUGUCUUCUUGAGUCAUGGAAGUCACCUGAUACCCCGGGAAGGGAGUGGACUGGGAACAGCGUACUGGCUCUGGACCCACGACAUCAGGAAGAUCUGGCAAGCAGGAAUGGCACUGGUUAUAUCUUGAAUGAAUGAAUGAAGCCUGGCUCUGUGGAGUUUGGGCCUGGCCUUUGACUAGUUCCUUUGGGCUGUGGAUUGGGUUUACUUCUACUCUGUCUGGCUGUUGUGUGACCCUGGCAAGUCACAUCUCCUUCUGUUGCAUGAGGGACCAGGGCCUGAUGACCCAGUUCCUUGGGGUUCCUCAGCCCCCCAGCUCCCCACUGCUGGCUUCACCCACUGUUGCUGACACUUGACCUCUUCUGUUCUCUCUCUCUGUCUUUCUUUUUGAUUGAAGUAUAGUUGAUUUACAAUGUUGUGUUAGUUUCAGGUGUACAGCAAAGUGAUUCACUAUUAUAUAUAUGUAUAUAAUAUACACAUAUAUAUUUCCUUUUUCAGAUUCUUUUCCGUUAUAGGUUAUCACAAGAUACUGAGUAUAGUUCCCUGUGCUAUACAGUAGGUCCUUGCUGUUUACCUAUUUUAUAUAUAGCAGUAUGUAUAUGUUAAUCCCAAACUCCUAAUUUAUCCCUAUCCCCCCUUUCCCCUUUGGUAGCCAUAUGUUUGUUUUCUAUGUCUGUGAGUCUAUUUCUGUUCUGUAAAUAAAUUCACUUGUGUCAUAUGAUAUUUGUCUUUUUCUGUCUGACUUACUUCACUUAGUAUAAUCUCUAGGUCCAUCCAUGUUGCUGCAAAUGGCAUUAUUUCAUUCUUUUUUAUGGCUUAUAUUCCAUUGUGUGUGUGUGUAUAUACACACACACACACACACACACACACACACUACAUCUCUUAUCCAUUCAUCUGUAGAUGGUCAUUUAGGUUGCUUCCAUGUCUUGGCUAUUGUGACUAGUGCUGCUAUGAACACUGGGGUGCACGUAUCUUUUCGAAUUAGAGUUUUUGUCUUUUCUGGAUAUAUGCCCAGGCAAGGCAUUGCUGAAUCAUAUGGUAGCUCUAUUUUUAGUUUUUUAAGGAACCUCCAUACUGUUCUCCAUAGUGGCUGCAUCAAUUUACAUUCUCACCAAUCCUGUAGGAGGGUUCCCUUUUCUCCACACACUCUCCAGCAUUUGUUAUUUGUAGACAUUUUGACGAUGGCCAUUCGGACCCGUGUGAGGUGGUACCUCACUGUAGUUUUGAUUGGCAUUUCUCUAAUAAUUAGUGACGUUGAGAAUCUUUUCAUGUGCCUGUUGGUUGUCUGUAUGUCCUGAUCUUUCUUUCGAGGCUUGCUUGUCUGGUGCCUACCUAGUUUGAGACUGGCCUUUGACACAUGCUGGCCUGUAGGGCCCCUGAUCCUUCUCCUGUGGGGGCCGUGGGCAGGGUUGUACACUAAAGGGUGUCGGGGAGGAUACACUGCACAUCUGCUGGCCUCUCUCUCCAUCCAAGAGCAAGGCAUGUUCGCAGGUGGCCUGCUUUGGGGGACGUGGUUGGCUGUGUGUAGGGAGUGUGUGUGUGGAGGGCUUUGGAGGGGCGGGGGAAGCCUUGGGCCUUAGACAUUCUCACUCUGAAGACAAAGAGCAGAAAUAGGGCAAUGCAUGCUCCCUGCCUCCAGGCUCUUGCUCAUUGAGAGAAUACACACUUGGAUCUCAGAGUUUGGAGUCUUGUAAUAGUAGUUUGUAUUCUCUAGGCAGCACCAUGCAGCCCUUCACAGAAAGGAAUUGGUGUGGUUUAUAGGCCAGAGUUCUGGGGUAGGAGAUUGCAGGCCUGGGUUCUAGUCCCAGGGGUUGCCAUGCAUUUGCUGGUUUACUCCAAGUAACUCAUUCACCAUUUCAGUGCCUUAACUUUUCUUAAUGGAUAAGAAAGUGCCUACAGUAUUCUCAUUGGGGCGUUUUGUCAAUGAAAUGAGAUAAAACAGAAAGCAUUCUAAAAAGGCAAAAAAGAUUCCCAUGUGCUCCAUGCUAAUUUUGAUAUGGAACCUUAACUCAAUGAAAAUAUUUGUAUUAGUAUACAAGAAAUAAAAGACAUUAUAGAAGUUCAGGAAAGUUUAAAAAUCACAUAUGAUUUUAUCAUCCCGAUAUAGUUAUCUUUUUCUCCUUUCUUUCAUAUUUUACAGUAAUAUUUUCAAAUGACUGCAUAAUAUGCCUACCAUUUUGUACCUCGAUUUUUCAUAUAACGGUAUCACUUGAUCUUUGUAUCCUUCAUUUUCCAUGCCUGCAAAUUAUUGCACCUAAUAUGUUUUAUAAUUCAUUUAACUAUUCAAACAGUAAUUGACACUUGAGCUACUUUCAAGUUGUCCUUAUAAUAAAUAAUCCCAUAAUUAGCACAUGGCUCUCUAGUGGAAUCAGUCUGUAUUUAACAUUUUGUCUACUUGUUAAAUUAAUACAUAUACAUUGUAUUAAUUUAAAAGAUUUAGAGUAGCAUAAAGAAAACUUAAAUCACUCAUAAUUGUACCACUGACAGACACCAGUGUGAAAAUGUGGGUGUCUGUCCUUCCACUCUUUUGCUACUCGUAUAUUGUGUGUAGGGGCACAUGUGUGUAUACAUAUUACUGGCCUGAUGGUGUGUGUGCAGCGUUCAUACUGAUUUCUUGCUAGUUACUACUAGGCAGGCAGUUAAGAGCAUGGAGGUUAAAAGACUGGUCUCCAGUCUCAGGAUUUGACUCUGUGAGUUCAAAUCCUGCCUCUGCCAUUUAUUUAGGUAAACACUUUGGAUAACCGCUCAGCCUCAAUUUUCACACUUUAUUAGCUAGUCAACCUUAGGCAGCUUCCUUCUCUAGGCCACAGUUUUUAGAAGAGGGAUAAUAAUAGCAUCUGUCUACUUAGGUUGUAAGAAUCAGUCCAUAGAAAGCGUUUAGCAGAACAUCUGGCACACAGGAAGUGCUCAGCAAAUGCUCCCUGUGGUCAUUUUCUCAUACAUCUUCCAUGUCAUGAAAGAUUCUUGGAAAUCGCCAUUUUUAACAACUGAACAAUAUUUUAUUGUUCUUUUAUACCCUAAUCUAUUUCGUUAUAUAGUUUGUUAAUUUCAAUAACAAGCCGGUGAAUUUCGUGUCCGGAAACCUUUGCCUCUGUUGGAUUACUUCCCUUACAAGCAUGCUAGAGCUGGAAUUAAUGGGUUAGAGUAUGAGGAUUUUUAAAAGACUCUGUAAUACAUAUGCCAAAUUGCUUUGACAGAAAAAGAUUUUAAAGAACCUUAAGCACAAUUUUCAACCUGCAGCAGCAGUAAGUGCAGUCUUGGACUUUUUUUUCUCUCCCCCCCCCACACACCCCGCCUCCUUUCUUUCUAUCCCAGUCCUUUAAAUUGUAGCAUGUGGAAGCCAGCUCCUUCAGGGUCCUAGACUUUUGAGACGGUCCCUUGGUGUGAAAGGGCCCAGAGCCUGGGAGAGGGAGCAGGAAGAGAGAACUGGUUUGAAUGUCGCUAGCCCCGACAGGCUUAGUAAUUGUACCACAGUUGACAGAUGCGGCAGCGGUCAUGUGACCCGAGUAUGACCUCAUAGCUCCCGGCCCCCUCCAUCCCCUUCACCCCGCCAGCCUGGGCUCGGGGGCACCCAGAGCGGACUCGGCGGCAGUAGCGGUGGCGGGAGGGGGAAGGCAUUUCCAUCACCCCUACUUGGCAAGCUAUUUAAAGGAGACCUGGGGAUUUGGGAACUCUCUUUGGUUCCCUGGGCGAAGAAGGGGGACGCUAGGAAGCCCAGACUUCUGUAAUCACUGGCCAGCGAGAAAAUUCAACAGCACGAUUAGCAAGUAUUUGCUGAAUGCAGCUGGGUGCCAAGUUCUGGCUGCAGGCCAGGCUCGGUGCCAGGCGCUGUUCAGAUUUCAUCGCGCUUAAUUCUUUUUAUCCGCCUCUUACUGCUGAGAAGAGAGGUUUGGAGACACAGAUGAGAAAACUUAUGGCUUAGCUGGGGAGUGAGGACUAGCCCAAAGCAAGAGAAAACUGGAGGAAGCAGUGGGUGCCGCGCGUGUACACGGGGUAUUAGACUGCGGCCAGCGAGGCUGGGGGGCGUGGGUGGGGACACUGCCCGCCCACCCGAAGGCUUCUGGGAGAAAGGACCGGUGAGGUGGGACACAACAAAGCAGAACAGAUCUCACACUGACCUGACAGGGCAUCUGUAGUGGAGAGAAUGGGAUUUUGGAGGAAAGCUGCAAAUAAAACGAGUGAGAAGAGAAAGACGAGGGAGGAAGAUAUUGACAGGACGAAGGGGGAGCUCCUUGGCCCAGUUUCACAAUAGUGACAGCCCUCACCCCCUUGGCAACGCUUUAAGGGUGCCCUCAGGUCCCUCAAGCUUUAGGGAAUCUUCAAAGGUGCUGAUUUUGCAUUCAUUGUAGGCCCUCCCCUUGCAGGCAAGAGCCAAGCUCUGUGACGCUGGUGCUCUAAAUGUUUUUCUUGUAGACUCCAAAACUUUUUUUGGAAAAUAUGUGUACCCCUUUGCACAUUUUUAGGAGCCAACACACAAAAUUUUUCCAUAGUUUAAACAGUUACAUAGGGUGUACUUUCUGGUGUACGCAAAUAUUGACAUUUAAAGAUAAAAGUGUUGCAGUACUCUGAGAAAUGUUUCUAAAUGAAAUACUAUAGUGAUUGGAUAGCCACUGUAAUCCUUUUAAAAAAUACAUGAAAUUCUGCCUUAACAGUUGGAAAAAUUUCAUCUCUUUUUCCUCCUUGAAUUUAUAUUUCCUUCUACUUUCCCUACAGAAUUUUAUCCUAAUACAUUUUUAUGAUUGUAUAUCUUUUAUGCAUCACCCUAUCAUACUUCUCUCCAACCAAGCUAUGUAUAUAAAAUGAAUUUAUUUUUAAAAUUUCUCGUGACCAUAGAUUCUAAAUGUUAGAGAAUAUUUUGUCUGGAUUUGUACCAUGACAACUAAUAUACAGUUAAUCAAAACAAAUGCUAUUAGAAAAUCUAAUAGCUACUAAGGAAGCAUAAAAAAUAAAGAUGAAUUGAAAAUACAUCUCUUAAUGAGAAGAAGCUUUUUUUCCCUACCCCAAUUAGUUCAUAUAUCCAUGGAUGAAUAUUACUCAUCACUAGAAGGGGUCAAGGUUCCGUAUUAAUUCUAUUUGUUUUGUUUUGUUUUGUGUUUUAAAUAGGUGCAAGAGCUGAGCUCAGAAAUCUUUUCACAUACAUAAGUACAAAGGAAUGUAGGGAGUUUUGUUGUAGCAAUGUUGCUCAGUUUUAUAAACUCCUUUUGAGUUAAUCUCAAAGAUCAUAUGGGUAGAUCAUUAAAAACCUAUCAGCUGACAACUAGAAUACAUUCUCCUUCACUUUGAAUGAGAGCAGAGAAUUGGAAGCUAGUCGAUUUGCCCAGUCAUUAGUCACCCCUUUUCUCCACAUGGAUGCUGGCAUUUAGACUGUCCUUUCAGUGCACCAUGCAUUUUUCCCUAAGCCAAUGCGCUGUGGGAAGACUUGGGACAGGUAAGUAGUGUGCCUUUCUUUUGGGAAGUGGGAGAAGGGUGAUUGUGCAAGCGAAGCAAGAGGGAGAACAGGCAGCAUCCCUCGUCCAUGUGCUCAGACAGGACAGCUGUAUAAGAGAGCGCUUGUGGAAGUCGAGGGCUCGUCAUGUGAGGCUCCUAAAAUGACUUACGCCAAAGGACGUACCCUUUGGAGGGUCUUCAUGUAUUCCCAAGAGCACCUGUACCUUAGUUUGUGCUGGUCCAUUGCUGGAUGGAUGAGCAAAGAAAGGGGAGGUGAUGGGGCGAGGGGUCCCUUCCCUGAGGGGUGACCACCUCUGUGUAGGGUCUUUCUGAGGAGGGGAUGGAAACAGCAGGGAUCUGAGCCAGGCACACUGGCUGCUGUCUGUCUCAGACCCAGACUCUUAGAGCCUUCCUUCUCCUUUUGGUUCAACCUGCUUUGAGCUCUUGAAAGACCUUCCUUCUCAUUCUUCCAUGUGGGGCCUCUGAAGAGCAGGGGGGCUGGGGGGCUCCCCACAGAGAAAUCAGAGUGGAGAGGAGCAUAGUGGGACCAUCGAGGGCCCGAGAAAGCUGGAGUCCCCAUCAGUCCCUGACAGAGGGCUGGCUACUUUGCUGGCUCUCUGUCCUCUCCAUCCCAGGCUGUGCUCAUUCGUGGGGGCUUGGCCUGCUGCUGUGGCACUUUUGUCAUUAGAAAAAGGCCUUCUUUGGGCAGUACAGCACCGUGAGCAUAUGAGGUGGGGCUCACAAGACACCUCUGUACUAAGAAAAAUUCUGCCCUUCCUCUGGACUGACGCAGCCCAGUGCCAAGGGGCAUGGCUUGGCCAGGGGAGGGUGGGCCGCAUUUCAGUGCCCACUUGUCCCCUCGACUGGGCACCUUUUGGCAUUGCACAACCUCAUAACCAUGUGGGGCACGCUGCUUGUUCUAGCCUCCCUGUCUUCGAGCAUACUGUCUCCCCUCUUGGAGUGCUGUCCUUCUAGCUGGAUUCACCAAACCCUACCCACCCUUUGAGGACGGCCUCAGGUGCUGCCUUCUCCUCCAAGAACCAGGCUCCUCCAGCCCACGAUCAUCUCCCCCGCAUGUGGUUUCCUGCAAUUCUCUGUCUAUAGACAUUAAUUAUACCGGAAAUAAUGGGGGGGGUAUUUAUACUAGAGCAAUGGUUCUCAACUGGGGGCAGUUUUGACCCCCACAGGACAUUUGGUAGUAUCUGGAGAUAUUUCUCGUUGUCACAACUGGGGCCGGGAGCCUGUUACUGGCACCUAGUGAGUAGAGGCCAGGAAUGCUGCUAACUGUCCUACAAUGCACAGGACAGCUCCCCUCUCUCCAAGCAAAGAACAAUGUGGCCCAAAGUGUCAACAGUGCCAAGGAGAAACUCUGGACGAGAUGAUCUCUAGUCUUGAAAACGCUUUAUGUCACACCCUAAGUUAUAUUUUAGGGUUUUUAUAUUGUGUUUUAAUGAUCAGAGUCAGUGUUAUUUUGCAACCAGAUGGUAACUUCUUGGAGGGCAGAGACCGUGUGUCUUGCAGGUCUGUACCCUAAAGGCACUAGCACAGGAUCCCCCAGAGAUUUUGGCCAUCAGGAAGAUACAAAGGAAGGAUGAAGAGAUACUCUCUGGCCUGCCCCAGCCCUGCUAUCAGAUGUUUCCCAUGAGCCUCUGCUAGAAUUCCUUGCCAGUUGGACUCUAUUACAUUAUAUCCUAAAGCAACAACAACAACAAGACUGAAGACAAGAGAGCCAGACAGACACGGAUUCCUUAGUAUGGCUCAGGGAACCACCCAGUCUCCAGCCUGCCCCUCACUACGUGCCUAAGCCAUGGGCUGAGCUGAGGAGACGUUGAGAGAAAUCAUUAAACUUCAAGGUUGUGGGCAGCCAAGUAUCAGCUUUCUCUUUAGCCUGGAGCGAAGAAUCUAUGAACUGUUCCCUAAAUCAGUAAAUGCAACCUGGGAAACCCCACAGCAGGAUUCAUUAGAAAGAAAAGCUCUGAUAGAUUUCUCUCAAGUGUAGCAUCUCUCAGCAUCAGAUCUUUAUAUUUGAGGCGGUCCAGAGCAUGAGGACAAAGGGAGGUCCACAAGCCAUGUGUUUACAUAUCUUACAACUGUAAAGUGAGCUAACAAAUUGUUAAAUGUUCCAGCUUCCUAUCUUGAAAAAUAAAUCUUCAUGAUGACCUAGAAGGUCAAGUUUGGAUUGAGAAUGCUCAUAUUCCUCUGAUCCCCAUGCUGGAGCAUGGUGGUUUUGGGGAGACCUGGCCCCAGGCCCCCUCCCCGCCACCCUGCACUCAUGGCCCAUGGCCUGUCCCCUUCUCCUUCACCCCCCAGCUCUGCCUCACCCUUGGAGGGGCCUGAUGUGGCCAUCCAGCCUACAUAUCCAGGUUCCAAUCACACCUCUUUUAUGCUCACCACCAUUCCAGUCUACCCUGUGGAGGGAGGAGGGACCUGGGGAAGAGGACUGACUGCAGGCUGGAGAAACAGGUUUGGGACCUUCUGGGCAAGGAGUUCCUUGGUCCUGUAUGCCUAGGGUAUGUUCUUGGAAGGUGUGAGUGUGGUGUACAUGUCCACUUGGCCCUACAGACUUUUUACCCUGUGGGGAGGGGGGAGACCAGAUAAGAAUCAGAGGGGAUCCCUCUUAAAGUGCUGGCCCAGAGUGAGGUCCCUCUUAUUGGAUCGAAGGGCACACUCUCUCCCAUGUGCCCUGGGCCUCCUGGAGGCCAACCCCCCACCCCACCCCUGCCACACGCGGACUGGGCAGGUACCUCAAGAGCCAUUUUGGAGGGUAGCAGCUUUAUUGAGAUAUAAUUUAUAUACCAUACAAUUUCCCCAUUUAAAGUGUGCAAUUAGAUGGCUUUUAGCAUAUUCAGGUUUUGCAGCCGUCACCACAUUUAAUUUUAGGACAUUUCAUCACCCUAAAGGAAACUGUGCACCCCUAGCUCUCAUCCCUCAAUCCCUCUGUUCCCCUAGCCCUAAGCAGCCACUAAUCUGUCUCUAGAGAUUUGCAUAUUCUGGACAUUUCAUAUGAAUGGAAUUAUAAAAUAUGUGGUCCUUUGUGAUUGGUUUAUUUUACUUAGCAUGAUGUUUUCAGGGUUCAGCCAUGUGGUAGCAUGGAUCAAUGCUCCAUUCCUUUUUUUUAAAAUUAAUUUAUUUAAUUUAUUUAUUUUUGGCUGUAUUGGGUCUUCAUUGCUGCGUGUGGGCUUUCUCUACUUGCGGUGAGCAGGGGCUACUCAUUGUGGUGGCUUCUCUUGUUGCGUAGCACGGGCUCUAGGCCUGUGCCUCAGUAGUUGUGGCUUGUGGGCUCUAGAGUGCAGUCUCAGUAGUUGUAGCGCACGUGCCCAUUUGCUCCACAGCAUGUGGGAUCUUCCCAGACCAGGGCUCGAACCCGUGUCCCCUGCACUGGCAGGUGGAUUCUUAACCACUGCACCACCAGGGAAGCCCCUUCAUUCCUUUUUAUUGCCAAAUAAUAUUCCAUUGUAUGGCUCUCUCACACAGUAGUUAUCCACCCAUCACUUGAUGGACACUUGGGUUGCUUCCAGACCUUUCAUGGUCUUUUCAUGGAGCCUUUUGUGAGUGUACAGACUAUGCUUCUCUGUGGUUUCCCACUGGCAUCCCCUCUCAGCAAGGUCCUACCACCAUUUCCCUUGGCACAGACAUCAAUACCUCAACCCCUCAUGGGGCCAGAGCAGGGCUGUUUUCCCUCCAGAAGUGGACAAAUGGCUCCCUUUCCACAUGUGGGUUCUCAUGUAUGCUCCUAAUAGCUCCACUUCUCCCCAUGUCUCUCGCACUCCCUUGUUUAGGUUCAACCCCACGGCUUUCUCCAGAGGACAGGCUGGGAACAGGUGCCAAAUCACCUCCAUUAGCUAUUGCUGAGCCCACGUUCCAACUCAUGUAAUCCUCUUCUCCUUAGCCAGAUGGGAAAGCCCUUGCGUGAUUCAGAACUCUUGGUUCCAAGUGACAGAAACACAAUUUAAAUCAAAGUUAACAGCAACUGAAAAGUUUAGGGAUGUCUCUGUUUCAGGUGGAUCCAGGGGCUCAAAUCAUGUCAACAAGGACUCACUCUCUCUCCUCCUCCCUCCCUCCCUCUCCUCCCCUGAGUCUUCUCAUCUCUUCUUGGCUUUGCUUUUCUUCACGUCAGCUUUAUUCUCAGUGAGGCCUUCCCUAAGUGGAACAAGACAGCCUCCAGUAGCUCUGGACAUUUAUUCUGCUUGCUUAGUACCCAGUGGAGAGUUUAUCUUUCCCAGGAGUUCCAGCGAAAGUCCUAAGUCUGAGACUCAUUGGUUAGGCUUGGGUCAUGUGUCCACACCAGAACCAAUCAUUUGGCCAGGAGAUGGAAUGCUCUGAUUGGCCAGGUCUGGGUCUUGGGUCCACCCUCGAUUGGAAGUCAGCCCACUUGAACCUCAUGGACAAAGAUUGAUGAACAGGGAGUUCCCCAAAAGAAAAUCAAGGGGAAAUGAACAUUGAACACACAUAGCAGAUGUCACUGGAACCAUCCUAUGAACUGGCCUGUCUGGGGUCUGCCCUACUAAUUUAUCAUACAUAUUGAGAUAUGCCUGAAUCCUAGUAGUGGACAUUCCUAGGCUGAGAUCCCUGCUACAUGUGAUAAAUUAACUUAUGAGAUUCUAGAAGUUAAUAUCCAAGAUAUUACAGUUCCUAAGGAGGGUUUGUAAUUGAACAUGAACAAAUACUUAGUCCAGGAAAUUUUGCCCUAAUAGUAGAAUUGUAAGCUUUAUACAGCAGGACAGUGGAGAAAAUAUUUUUGAAUUCAAGAGGCCUUUUGGAGACCCAGAUGCACCGUAAGUAGGCAUCUGUCCAGACCACCCAUGUAUAGGAUCUAAAUGUCCUUGACGUAAUUUCAUAGUACUUUAUCCACGCCAGGGAUGAAUGGAGUCAGGUGGGGGAGGUGGCAGAGGGCCCAGGGAGUCACAGGCAGGGGUCCUGGGUGGAGAGGAGAGAGCUGGUUGUAGCAGCACAAUAUAGCUCUUCUCCGAGAUUCCCCCCUCACUCUUCCCUCCCCUUUCCUUAUUCCUUUGUCACUAUGGCAACUAAGGAGCUCCCUCAUCCUCUUCCCCUCUCCAGUUGGCUCCGAUCCGAAGGACCCACCUCUCUGUCUCACCAACUUCACAGAGCUGUUGCCAGCCUCUCUCCACGUCUCUCAGCGAGGGCACCCACCUUUGCCCUCCACCCUCAACGCACUCUCUUGCCUCAUUUCCCCACCCCCAGGCCCCUGCCUUGUCCCUUCUUUAACUCUGAUCCAGGCUCGAGCCAAAUUCCCACCUUCCUUCAAGAAGUUGUAUGAAAAUUGGAUUUUUGCCACUCUAACCUGAUUUGAAAUGCAUUAAGAGAUCUGUCUCUUGAAACACCUCAAGGUGAGGGUAUUUGUGAAGGGAAGAAGCAUGCUUUACUGCUGCUUCUGUGCUUAAACGCGGUGCUGGAGUGAAUCACGUUCUAUUUUCGUAACUAGGAGUGUUUUCUGUUUGAAGAAACCCCCCAGCAUGUCUCUGAGUGAAACAGAAGACUCUAUCAUAAGGGAAAUCACACCUCAAGUUCAAAGUUUGUGAACUGGUGGGCCCACAGACUUUUGUUAGGUCCAUAGAGUGCUUAAAAAGAUGGAACCAACACAUAAAAAGACUGGAUUCCUGGAUGCCCUUGAACAACUAGACAGGGGGCCUGCAUCCUCACAUGGUGGAAAUGGGAGGGAGGGAGGGGAGUGGGGGGCAUCAAGGGCUUUGAGUGUGGAUCUCCCUCUCGCCGAGAAAAUAGCAGGUGUGUGGAGUUCCUGGGCUAGUGAUGAGGACUUAACGUCCUUGUCCCCUCUCAGAGACAUUUCCCUCCACAGCCUUUGGUGGGAGGAAGGGAGAGAGUGGGUGGAAUGAAACGGUAGAUUUUUAAGCCAAGUACCUUUGAAGCCACUACCCGUAGGUGUGCAAUACAGAGGACAUAGUGGACUGCACAAUACCAUGUAAAAUACAGUAACAGUACUUUUCACAUACGUUAUCAAAGCAGCUCUGAAUCGUCAUUCACAAAUACAAAUAAACGAGACAUAGAUUUCGUAGCUUUCUUUAAAGCAACUUUCAGCUCUGCGCCACACUUGACCUCUGCCACCUUCUUGCCGAGGGAGCUCAGGCAACUCCUGAACCUCUCUGAGUCUCGUUCUCAUCUGCAAAGUGAGGAUGGUUAUAGCACUCCCUCAGGGAGCGGCCGUGGGAUGAGAUGAGUUGACAUGAAGUGUGUUGCACGGGGCAGAAUACCCAGUAGGUACUGGGGAAGCGUGUGCUCCCUUCUCUCCUCUCCAGCACGUCUUCACAGAGGCUUGAGCUCGGGAUCCUCUCAGGUUAUCUAGUGUAUCCUUUAGUUCAUUGGCUUGUUAAUUCAUUUGCUUCAAGCACUGAUUGACACCCCCCCCCCUCCCCCGGCAGUGGGUUGGUCCCUGCAGCACACAAUUAGCUGCUCUGGCAUCUCCUGGUCAGAGUGCUGGGAGGAGAGCAGGUCCAUGGUAGAGAAUGUCUGAGACCGCCCUCCCCCGCCUCCCUCCCCCCACCCCCCACACUGCCUAAACUAAGGGUUGCCUUGCUCAGCACUUUCUGCCCGGCUUCCUGGUGGCUGUCUUCCAAGACCUGCUUUCUGCCCCAGGGCCCUACAAAGGCUCCUUUGAUGAAAAGUUUGCGGCAAAGUGACUGUGUCAUUUGAUACAAAUGAGGCUCAUGAGGGUAAAAAGUGUAGCUUUAUUCUCCUAUUUUGGGAUUUUCUAGCCCAGAGAAAAACGGGCAGCUGAAUGGGGCUGGGGGCGGAAGCCAGGAGGGAGGGGAAACGCCAAGAGUUGGAGAGCUCUAUGCUACAUUUAGCCCUGGGAUUAGCAGCUGCAAGCCUGGGGCGUGACCUGCACACCAAGAGGUGCCUCCCGCUCAGCCAGACUCUGCCUCCAGAGCCGGUGGGUGUGUGAGGGGCGCCCCCGCAUUGCCUGGGAGGGGAUCUUCUGUCCCCCCAGGCCACCAGACUCAGCAUCCUCCACUGCUGGGCCUGCUCCUGUGGUCCCCACCCCCUUUCAAAAUGCAUAACACCUGCUCCCCUUCCUCCAGCUGAUGGGGUGCCGAGGACCAGGAUGGGAUUUGAGGGGAUCCACAAAAGCCCCCCACCCCAGAGGGUCUCCUUCAUCCACCUCGAGGGCUGGCCUCAUGGGCGGACUGCCACGGCAUUGGCACCGGGCCCCAUGCUCAGGGGGACCCUGCGCUCAGGGAGACCUCACACUUGGUUUCAGGCUCUGCUGUCACCACCUUGGAAUUCUCAACACCCUGCAUUGUCCUUUUACGCUGGGCCUCACAGACUCUGGAGCCGAUUCUGAUCCUCUCCACUUCUCCCAGUUCUUAAAGUCAGGUCGGUGAUCCCUACACAUUCUUUGCUCAUCUAUUUUUUUUUUUUUUUUUUUUUUUUUGCGUUACGCGGGCCUCUCACUGUUGUGGCCUCUCCCGUUGUGGAGCACAGGCUCCGGACGCGCAGGCUCAGCGGCCAUGGCUCACGGGCCCAGCCGCUCCGCGGCAUGUGGGAUCUUCCCGGACCGGGGCACGAACCCGUGUCCCCUGCAUCGGCAGGCGGAAUGUCAACCACUGCGCCACCAGGGAAGCCCUUUGCUCAUCUUUUACUAACACCUCUCAUUUGUAUAGCUCUGCCUUUUCCAUGAGCCUGCACACUGUUAUCAUACCUGUCACCACCAGUCCCUAAAUCACUGACUCAUGCCAGAGGUGUUUGUGGGAUUUUUCUCAUGACCCCAGACCCUUUGAUGCCACCCCUUUGUUCUUGAGGAAUAAAAAUGCCUGCCUCCUGACGCUAUCUGCGAUACCCUCAUACUUAAGUGUAGGAAAUUUGCAAGUCCAAAGCUGAUCCUCCACUUGGCUCUUAAGAGCCCUGGACAAGCCCUCUGGGAGCGCUUAAUAAAUACUGACUAAUGAACCUGCAGCUGCUGCUCCUUUGGCUAAUUAAAUCUAAAUAAGUCACAGGCUUUAAAUUAUGCAAUAAGGCUUGGCCAAAACAGCUUAAAAAUGCGGGAGCCCUAGUUUUUCUGCUGUGCCCUGUGGAAAAAAUCCCAUCUUUUAAUCAUGCUUAACCUUCCUGAAAGAACAGUGGCAACCUUUAAAUAAUGAAUGAAUGUAUAUUAGCGAGAUUUUUUUUCCCCAAGCUACACACAACGGAGCUAGAUCAUAAAAGGGACAGAGGCAGAGAUAGGCCUGGGGGGAUUCCAGAAGUUUCUGGUGAAUCGCAGAGUGCUGGGAGAAAUCAUUUGGUUGCUCAGAAGCCCAGAGCAAGGACUGGUGAAGAGCACAGAGGGGGGAGGGGCGGACGCACUGCCAUCCAGCCUGCGCCUGCCAGCUGUGAUGGAGGCCCCCACAGCACUGGUGGGGGCUACGUGCUCAGUUAUCCUCUCUCCACUCCUUCCUAUCUUGCCUCCACGUACCCUCCCACCCCCGAAGACCCUCCAGGCCAAGAGCACUGUCUUCACAACAGAGCAAAGGUUGAAUUGAGUCACAUCACCUAGAGCUGUGCUUUGCAGACUUUCAGGUGCACAAGAGUCUUUGGGGAUGUUGUCAAAAAUGCAAACGAUCAGUGGGUCCAGGGUGGGGCCUGGGAUGCUGCAUUUCUAAGAUGCCUGGGGCUGCUGGUCCUCAGAUCACGUGCAGAGUAGCAAGGAUUUAGGUUUUGUAAGGAAGCUGAACAUUACAAUCAGUUGGGACACUCUUCAGGUGCUCCCAGGACACCAUCUCAGAUAAGUUAGAUAGGAAUUUCUGAAAUCAGACCCUAAGCUCUUUGGUCCCAUUCUCCCCAUUCCCCACCUUUUUUUUUUUUUUUUAAAAACCGAGUUAGAGUCUAGAUAAUUUUCAGGUCACCCAAAUAAAGCCUAGAAAGCUUAACCAACUUGCUUGCAAUCACCUCCUAAAGUGGGAUUAGAAACCGAUCUGACAGGGAAGUGGCCUUGGAAACCAAGCCUGCUCCCCCUUCCCUCCCGCAGAUCUCAGCAUCUCCAGGACUCUAGCCCCGUCCCUGGGCUCAGGGUUGCAACGUAUGUGAGUCCAUUUGGGGAGCAGGAAAGAUUCUUCUACCUUUCUCCUCCUAAGCCUUGCUGGAAUUCACUAUUAGUGCUUAAUUGCUUGGGCUGAAGCUGAGUGUAAUGUGUAGGAUCUGUUACACUCUGUCUUCAGCGUCACGGUGUGAGUGGGAUGACAGGACAGACACUGGGGGCACUGGGCUCUGUCCUGUGGGAUCUGGGACUCAGGAAGGGGAGGGACUCUCAGGGCAGACUCACCUCCUCCUGCAACUUUGCUGAGAGCACCCAGCACAGAGGGAUGUGCUCUUCUAAGUCCCCAGGCAAGGCUGUGGCCCCGGUUGUAUAAGAUACUGGGGCCUCAGGCAGAGGUCAGGAGGUUGCAGGCAGAGCUGUUCCAGUUGUGUAUCCGGAGAAAACCAUGACCUUCCUGCUGUGGUAUGUGAGUCAGGCCUUAAGGCAGAAGUGCAGCUGUGGGCCGGGCCCAGCUUGGCUACAGCUGUGUCCUACCCAGUUGUCUCAGCCUGGACCAUGACACUGGGGCAGAGAGUGGGAGCUGGGCUUAAGGAAGCAGCAAGGUACGGUAGACACAGUUAUUUGCUUAUUCAGUAUCCACCCCUCCCCUUCCCCACCCCCACCAUAUUAUCAGAAUCUUAAUUUUGUUCAAGGCUGCAACACUGUCCAGGCCAAAAACUUACCACACCUCAUAUGUCCUGAAGCUAGGAGCAGCAACAUGACCAGGCUGACCAAUGAGAUGUAAGCAGAAGUCUCUAGGCGGAUCUUUCUGGAAAGCUUUGAAAAAAGAUGGCCCCAUUUCUUUUCCCCCUCUGCUGACCUGGAGUUGAUACCUGGAGCUAUAGCAGCCAUCUUGAGAUUAUAAGGCUAAAAGCCAUGGGGUGAGGGGGAUAAAAGCCAUAUGCUAAGGGUGGUGGAACAGAAAGAAGGAUCCUCUAUGACUGAGUUCUCUAUGACUUCCUUGAGAAGUUUCACCAUCACGGACUGCCCAACCUGGGACUUCUUAGUAUGUGAGACACAUAAACCCCUAUUUGGUUAAGCCGCUGUGGCUGGGUUUCUUUUACAGCUAAAUGCAGUCUUCACGCUGGGACCUUAGAAAGAAUGUUCCUGGAUUGGAAAUGGGAAGAGAAGGUCAAGGCAAGAACGUGGCCCCCAGGAGAGGGGAGGGGGGAGGAUUUCCCCUCUUUGUUGGGGAAGGGUCACUAUCUCACUCUACAAUCUUCAGGGAUUCCUUGUUUCCCAAGGGACUAAGUUCAUAUUCCUCAGGUCAAUAUUCAAGACUAUAAAAUUUGGCUCCAAAUCGGUUUUCCAGGCCUGUUACCAUUCACUGGAGCAAGGAUGUGCCUGCCCCUUCUUUGAGUAUAGAUUAUACACUCCCACCCUGGUCUUAAUUCACAUGAGUUCUCCCUACUCCUUUCUACCUGUCACAGGCUUACCUGCCCUUGUGGGCUGCUCUUUUGAGAAGACUUCCUAUCACCCUGGGCUCCAGGGACCUCUCCUUUAAUCUCCUUCAUCACUGAGGUCUAUGUGCCUGACAGUUUCUUUAUACUUCAGUGUGUAUUAGCUGCAUCUCCUCAGCAAGGCUGUGAGAUCCUCCAAGGCAGGAUUUUGGGAGUGUGGAAAUACAGAAAGGUCACUUUGGAGUCAGACUUGAGAUCUAAGAUGAUCUCGGGUACAUCACUUAACCUCUCUGAGCCUCAGUAUCCUUGUCUGUGAAAUGGGGAUAAUGUACAUGUCUGCCUCCCAGGCCUCCAUAAAGCAUGUAGCCAAGUGCCUGGCACAUUGGAGGUGCUCCAGAAGGGCUUGUAUGUUGACUUGUUGCCUGCUUGGUAAUCCUAGGCUGUGCCUUUUUUCUAUCCUUUGUAUCUCUCUCCACUUUUGUCUCUCCCUUCCUUCUGAUUUUCUGCGUUGCAUUUGAACAGUGAGGUCUGUAUCAAGUUUGAGGAGUGACCAUGAGCUGUUUUCAUUUUUGCCUAGGGUAGAUCUUUGGCUACUGGCUUCAGUCUUCUAUCAGAGUAGGAAGUAAGGAUAGAGGGGAGAUUUCAUGGCCAUUGUGAAGGGGGUGAGAAGACAUGCUAACUUAACUGAAAGGAGUUUACUAAUCUUUCUCUGAAGAUUUGUAAGGAAAAUGGGUGUAUUUAAGUCCAGUUUUACCUGGCAACAGGAUGAUUAAUUGAAUGGCCUUAUAGCAGUUUUUUUUUUUUUUUUUUAAUAAACAAACUCCCAAUUCUGUUUGUUGUAGUGAAUUAAACAUCUGGGCCUUAAUCUUUUUGAUAUCCUGAUCUCCUCCUUCUUUUGCCUCAAUCCCACCCCAGAAACCCAGAUCAAAUUAGAUUGUGGGAAGUGACCCAUAGCAAAAAAAUUCUGCCAUUGAAAGUUUAAUGAGAAAUGACAGUUUUAUUACUUCCAAGUAAAUACCUGUCACGCGCAGCUAUAAAUGGGAAUGAAUGCAUUGAACUGGGUGGAAAAUGAGAAGUCACCGUGGACUGAAACGGCAUGAUAAUGUGUACUGACAAUGAGUCCCGCGGCGGUCUUCUCUUUUCAUGUGUUUCACUCUGCAUCACUCAGAGAGCCCAGCAAGACAGAACGUAUUCUUUUGUUCCUCUUAAAGCAGAGCCUUAUGUCCAGGAAGAGGAAGGGUCAGAAAAGACUUGAUUGAUUGCAAAGCUGUGUCCAUUCAGUUUGCUGCGUUAUCCUUAAAGUCUCCCGUGCUGGCCAUCAUUCCUGGGCAGGGCUGGCGAGGUGGGGGCAGCUGACAACCUGCUGUGUGUGUGUGUGUGUGUGUGUGUGUGUGUGUGCGCGCGCGCACGUAUAUGUGUAGAGGAUGGGGGAGGUGAACUCCUUUCCGUCGUUACACUGGGCCACUUCUGUGCCUCUUGUGAGUCCCCUAGUGCCCAAAGUCUGUUCCUUUUGGUUGUUGCUGCCUGUGGUUGUGUAUAUCUCUGUGGUAGAUGACUAUUUGCUAUGUAUCUCUGUGUGUGUGUAUGUGUGUGUAUGUGAUUUGAGGGUUGGGCGUGUGGCCUCUUUAGGGUUUUUUCCUCCUAUUUUUCCGCUGGAGCAGCAUUGCUGACUGCGCCUAAUCAAUCAAUGCCUCCUUACCAGCGCCCCUAGGACUAUGCCCAGAUUUUGCCCCCGCCUCACCCAGGCAUGUGCUGCUCAGUGCUCAGGAUACCUGAUGGGCCUGUCCUGGGUUUCCUGGAGCUUCAGCGUCUCUCUUCUUGAAUUGCAUGUUGCUGAGGGCAGGCUCCAAGCAUGCGUGGUGGACUGUGUACAGUCCUGCUCGGGCCCAGGGCCAGACGGACCCUUGCCAAUGCCUUGGUGAUGCCAUCUUGACAUGUCUGCAGAGCUGGAAAGAGCUUGGGGAACCUUGGCUCCUGUAUUAGUUUCCUGUGUUAGUGUUGCUGCUGCAAUAAUUUAUUACAAAUGUAGUGGCUUAAAACAACUCGGAUUUAUUCUCUUACAGUUCUGGAGGUCACAUGUUCAAAAUGGGUUUGGCAGGGCUGCAUUCCUCUGGUGGCUCUAGGAAAGAACCCGUUUUCUUGCCUUUUCUAACUUCUAUAGGCUGCCCGCAUUCCUUGGCUCGUGGUCCUGCACCACUCUCCCCUCUGCUCCCAUGGCCACAUCUCCUUCUCUGCCUCUUACCCUCCUGCCUCCCUCUUAUAAGGACCCUUAUGAUCACGUUGUGCUCCUCUGGGUAGUCCAGGAUCAUCUCUUCAUUUCAAGGCCCUUAAUUUAAUCUCAAAGUCUCUUUUACCACGUAAGAUGACAUAUUCACAGCGAUGUGGACGUCUUUGGGGGGCCUACCCUCAAAAGCCUACCACAGCUCCCCACACCUCAGGGAAGAUCUAUCUGAGUAGAGGUGGUGGAUCCCAAGUCAGCCUGGUCAUGGUAUGAUUUCUGUGAUUCUGGAAAGGAUUUCUAAACCCUUCUCCCUACAGAUACUUCCCUGGCCUGCUACCUUCUGAAAUUCUCCUCUUGGGGAAUAAAGCAUCUUCAUCCACAGUGGGGACUCAGGCUUAGUAGAAGGCCUGAACAACAUGUUUCUCCACACUAAGGUGUAAAUGGUUGACAGCAAACAUUUCCUAACAGCAAGUUCUGAUGGGAGGGAGGCAUAGGUGAGGGAAGGAGGUGCCCAGUGUUGGAGAGAGCAAAGGCACUUGGAAGUAUGACCAUAAAGUUUUAAUCAAACAGAGCAACAUGGCCACGAUGCAGAACAGGUAGUGCUUGGAGAAGAGAAAGAAGACCAUCUCCUUGGUGACAUAGAUUAUGUGUAUGAAGAUGAAGCAGUACAGGAACAUGGCGAAUUGGUUCUGGGGAAGCAGGAGAUCCUGGAGGCCUCCCGAGAACUGUGGGGGAAAGAAGAGAGUAGAAAUGGCAAAACCAGGGCUUGGGUACCAGGCAGACCCGGGCUUCGCUCCUGCUCUUGUCCCUUCCUGAACGUGACCUCGGGCAGGCUGUCUUCCUCACCUAAGGUGAGGGUAAUCGUGCCCGCCUCACAAGAUGAUGAUGAGGAAGAGUGAGGACGAGAAUGAAAAUCCCAGGCAAGGUCACGGGCACAGAGGGGACUCAUGAGUUUUCACUUCUUGAGCCUGGUCUUAGCCCUCCUGAGUCAGGCCGCCCCCUUCCUUUCUUGGUACGCUCCAUGCAGCCUCUGAGCCCACAUGUGGGCAGUCUCUUUCCUCCUCGAGAUCCCCACAUCUGGACACCAGGUCUUGGGCGUGUUCUCUGGACAGUGUCCCCAGAUACUCCACCUUGCUUUCUGGAUGGUGGCGCAAUGAGAGGGGGUCCCUUGGGCACAGAUGACUGUGUCUGACUCUCUGGGCCCUAGUGCGUGUCACAUAAGGUCAGGCUGUGGUCCUUCAGCCCAGGGGGUGGUCUCUCCUGCGGACAGGUAGUAAGAGACAGGUGAUGGGGCCUCCGUAAACUCUUAGGGUUUGGGGUGUGGGGGAGGCAGCUUGAGCUGUCUGGCUGAUUCUGCCUGUGUGUUGCUCUUUUCCAGAAUCUACAUAACUAAAGUCGAACAGACCCCCAUUUUAACUAUAGAAAGCAUCAACAUAUAAGUAGAGUAAAAGCUGAUAUAGCUAUUUUGAUCUGUAGUUAAGAAGGCAUUACCCAUGGUUCAUUCUUUAAAAUAUCUUUUCAACUCAUGCCACAUUUUUUGUAAGCAGGCAUAUGGCAGGGACUGUGAUGCCCUAAAUUCACUAGAAACAUAUUCAUAGAGAUAUUUUUCAAUACAAUGACAAUUAUCUACCCACCCACCCACCCACCCAGAAGAAGAGAGGUGGUAGGCUUAAAAAUUAAGUCAGCUCUCCAAGUACACGCACAGGAAGUAAAACCCUUUUGUAAUCUAUUGUUAAAAGACUGGGGUUUUGGACAUACUAUUGUUGAACCAGCUACGUAAAAUGUGAGAGUAACUAAAUAAAACUGAGGGGGCAGGAAAUGACUCCAGUGAUGCCACCUCUAAAAUGAAUAGUAAGGAAGAUGGAAGACCAGAGGAAGAAACGCAGUGUUCUGGUGGGACUGGAGGGCUGGACAGAUCUUGUGUUUUUCUGCAGACCUGGUGUGGCUCUGGUUCCGUGGACUUUCUGCCACUGUUUGUGGUCUACGUGCUAAUGGCUAUUAUUUGUGAUUUUGAUAACAAAUUGUGCAUUUGUGAAACCUUUUAGACUUUUCAAAACACUUUCAGUCGUCUAUUUUUUUUUAAAGCAGAAGACAGAGAGCAGAUAGGACUGUACACCAAGGAUUUCCAUCUCCUCCAGCAAGGAGAAAGAUUUUCAAACUAAAAAGCAGGUAUUUUGUGAGCAAGAAAAACAAAAGAGAAUUGUUAAGAAGCCAGCAUGUGUUCAUUGAGAACAAAUCAUGCAAAACCAACCUAAUUUUCUUAAAAAAAAAAUGGACCAGUCAAUUGGGGAAUUGCUAUGGUGUAAUAUCUUAAUUCUGGGAAACCAUUUGACAGUGUGUCUCAGUACAGUUUUCUGGACAAGGUAGAGAAAUGUGAGCUGGAGAUGAUGUAACUCAAGGGUGCUGAUUAAUGGAACAUUGCUAACCUGUAGGGAGAUCUUUUAGUGGUAUUUACUUUAGGUCAUAUCCUCCUCAACAAUUACAGCAAUGACUUGGAUAAAGCCAGGAGGCAAGUUUCUCAGAACUGAGGAUGACUCAGAGCUGGGAAGCAUAGCUAAUACAUUACAUCCUGAUAAAAUUGAGAAAUGAUGAACGUAAGUUGUUGCCUUUGUGUCAAGAAGUGAAUUGCGUGAGUACAUAAAAAUGGUAAUAGCUGACACUGAGCGCUUACCUCAAUGUGCCAGGCUCACUGCAAAGUGCCUCACGUGCAUUCUUUCAUUUAAUCCUCACGACAACCCUGUGAGGUAGGUAUUACCUUACAGAUGAGCAGACCAAGGCCCAGAGAGGAUCAGUAACUUGCCCAGUGUCACACAAUUUAUAUGUGGUGGAGCCAGGAUUUUAACCCAGGACUGACUGAUUUUACAGCCCAGACAGCAUUGCUUUAAACAAUAACAUCUUUCAUUAUUUAGUGCUUAUGAAGCCCCAGCCAGAGCGCUAAGCAUUUCCCAUCCCAUUUAAUCACAAGCAGGCUUUCUUAUCCCCAUUUAGAUUAGGGGAGAGUGGUCCAUUUCUUGCCAAAAGAUGUCUAAGUUUUAGUUGACAGCAAGGCAGCGUGAUCCAACAGAACACGUGCGGCCCUGAUCAGGGGAGCAGGGGAUGGUUCUAUCAAAAUCCACUAGCCAGACUGCAGUGGGAGUUCUGGGUCUAGUCCCAGGCGUCCUAUUUUAAGAGAUGCAGAGAGGAGUAGAGAGUGGUGGAAAUCCAGACAUAGAGGAAGUGUUGAAGAGUUUUCCCUGAGGAGGAAAGCCAUGGACAGGCAAGUGGACAAGGUGGCUUCUGGGUCCCUCCUGGGGAGGGUUGAUGCUUGAAGAGUUGGAUCUCAGCUUAACAUGGAAGCUCUAAAGCAGUGAGCCGGCGGGCGCAGGGCGGGGAACAGCCGAGAAGCAGGUAAGGUGGGCUCCCCGUGCAGGUCAGGGAUGGGCUCCCCUCACCCCUAGUUUCCCCGCACCCUUCGCCUCCCAGCUGGGACCUGUCACCUACCAGGCGGGGCGUCGCCUGCUGCCGCAGCUGCUCCAUCACCUCUUCGUGCUGCCGCUGCCGCUCGUUCUCCUCCUGCAGGUACCAGAGCCGCUCGAGCUCGAACUCCAUGCGCAUCUUCUCCAGCUCCAUCUCAUCGUUUCGCUGGGGCCCUGGGGUCCCCGGCGCCGCUGCGGCUGGGGCCAGGGGUGGCUCUGCGCGUUCAGGUCCAUCGCCCUCCUGGCCCUUGGUGGUGGCGGGGCCGGCCUUGGAGGAGAGUGACUUAGGUGGCCCCGGGCAGCCUCUGUCCUCACAAGUUUCCAUCUCCUCAUGGUAGUCGUAGGAUGAGUCUGGCUUGGGGGACUCUGCCUCCUGGGCCUGGGAAAGGGGAGGUGGGGGGUCUGGAGUGGUUAGCAUGGGGCCGCCCACCCCCUACCCCACCACGCUCCUGCAGCCCCAGGCACAGUGCACUGGGGUGCUUGAAAGAGGUGUGAAUUGUAAACAUCUAGACUGAGUUCUUCCGAGAAACUUCGACGGAGUUAUCAGGACCUGAGAGUUAAGGAGGAGAGGGCAAACGGACACAGAAGAAUGGCGCCCUAAAGUUGCAAGUGGGGCCUUUGGGAGGGUUGAGUAGAAGUCUGUCUUCCUCGUGAUCUUCAGAUCACUACUGGAGGUAACUUUCCUACCUCCCACUCUACUUUGAGGCCAAUUAGACAUCCAGUCCUCUGGGGGCCACAGAGGGAGGAAGAAACCCAAGGUCUGCAUUGAGCGAACCUCAGUAUAUGGGAACCAACGGUAGGGUUAUGGGGAAGCCUGGUCCCAUCUGCAGGAGGAGGAAAGGGCCCCACAUGGAGAGCUAGAUGGGGGAGACCAAAGCCAGCUUCAAGUGACCUGACAAUCUUACGAAGGGCUACCUGGUCUCCAGUUACAGCUGAGUGCCAGCGUGGGGAUAGGGUGCACGUCUCCUACUCCUCUUAGCAGUUCUCUGGAAUCUAACAGCUCUCAGCUCCUAUCUUGUGUCCCCAUUAUGCUCUUCCCCCCUGUGCUGGGACAGGCUGGGGCAGUGAGAAGAGGCAUCCUCCUUACCAAAGAAGCCUUUGACUUCCCUUCGGACAUGGGGUCAUCAGGCACCAUCUUGGGGAAGGUUGGGCAGCUUUCUCCUGCCCCCGGGCCUUCCAUCAUCUCUCCCUGUCCUCUGUUGCCAUCCAGAAAACCACAAUACUGCCGGUUGGGGCCAAAGGACAUCUUUUGAGGCAUUAACAUUUGGCCUCACAAGAUUCCACAGCCUGGCCACCAUCACAAUGCCCUGUCCUCAUAAUAACCCACAUUCCACCAGUUGCUAAGGCCCCUUUGGCAGAGGGUGUGAUACCUUUGAGGCGCCAUUAUUAAGAGCUGUAGGAUGGGCCUUUGCCACCCCUAGGGACUGCUGUGAAAACUAGAAUCCCAGCACUUGAAAUCCAGAGUUCCAUCAUCUGAAAUCUGUUCUCUUGAGUUCCUCUUUUAAAUGCAGCCUGUAUUGAGAUGAGUCACGAUUAGCUCCACAAACCCUGUUAUGGGCUGAAUUAUGUGCCCUCGCCCCGCACAUUCAUUUGUUGGAGUCCUAACCCCAAGGACCUUAGAACGUGACUUUAUUUAGAGAUAGGGUCUUUACAGAGGUGAUUAAGUUAAAAUAAGGUCAUUAGGGUGGGUCCUAAUCCAAUAUGACUGAUGUCCUUAGAAGAGGAAAUUUGGACACAGACAUGCACAGAAGGAGAUGAUGUGAAGAUGGGAGAAGAUGGCCAUCUAAAGACCAAGGAGACAGGGCUUGUAUUAGUGUUCUCCAGAAAACCAAUAGGAGCCCAGCCUUAUACAUUCAAAUAGAACUUAUAAAGAACUGGCUCAUGUGAUUAUGGGGGCCGAGAAGUGGCACGAUCUGCUGUCUGCAAGUGGGAGAAUCAUGAAAGCUGGUGGCACGAAUUCCAGUCUGAGUCUGAAGGCCUAAUAACCAGGACUGCUGCUGGUAAAAGUCCCAGUCCAAAGCCAGGAGAAGGCCAAGAUCUCAGCUCAGACAGACAGAGAAAAUCAAUUCAGCCUUCCUCCAGCUUUUUGCUCCAUUCAGGCCCUCAAAGGAUGAGAUGAUGCCCUUUCACACUGGAUAGGGCAAUCUGCUUUAUUCAGUCCACCAAUUCAAAUGCUAAUCUGUUCCAGAAGCAUCCUCACAGACACACUCAGAAAUAAUGUCUAACCAGAUAUUUGGGCAUCCCAGGGCUUAGUCAAGUUGACACAGAAAAUUAAUCAUCAUAGGCCUGGAACAGAUCCUUCCCUUACAGCCUUCAGAUGGAACCAACCCUGCCGACACCUUGAUCUUGGACAUCUAGCCUCCAGAACUGUGAGGAAAUAAACUUCUGUUGUUUAAGCCACCCAGUCUAUGGUGCUUUGCUAUGACAGCCCUAGCAAACUAAUACAACCUCAGUUAUUCAUUGAAUGGAUUGAAUGGGACCAGUAAAGAGAAUGGGGGCUGGGGAAUAUACGUUGUUUUCUUCAGUUUUGUGGAAAUGACAAAAAACAUUUUUGGUAGUUGGAGGCAAGGUUGCAUAUGGAAAGAGAAAAGGCUGCAUUUGAAUUCUAGCUUUGCUCCUCUCUCUAGCUGUGUGUCCAAGGGAAAGUUAUUUUACCUUUCUGCUGCUCAGUGUACUCAUUUGUAAAUGGGGAUAAAGAUCUGGCCACUCCCCUGCACUGCAGCACUGGUGUGAAACUAAGAUAGUCUCUUCGCAUAGUAUCUGCCUCUACAGGGGCUAAGUAAAUGAAACCAUUAUCAUCAUUAUUACAAGGGGCUUCAUCACUGGAGAGAAGAAAGUGCUCAAGAUCUACCUUCUUGCAAAUCUUUUUUUUUUUUCUUUCUGGCCACGCCACAUGGCUUGCAGGAUCUCAGUUCUUUUUUUUUUUUUUGGCGGUACGCAGGCCUCUCACUGUCGUGGCCUCUCCCGUUGCGGAGCACAGGCUCUGGACGCGCAGGCUCAGCGGCCACGGCUCACGGGCCCAGCCGUUUCGCAGCAUGUGGAAUCUUCCCGGACUGGGGCACGAACCCGCACCCCCUGCAACGGCAGGCAGACUCUCAACCACUGCACCACCAGGGAAGCCCUGGAUCUCAGUUCUUUGACUAGGGAUUGAACCCAGGCCAUGGCAGUGAAAGCCCAGAAUCCCAACCACUAGACCACCAGGGAACUCCCUCUUGCAAAUCUUUAACUGAACCAUGGCUUUCCUCUCCCAGAAUUAUGAUGGUGACCAUGGGAACUAUCUCACAGUUUCUGUGUAAGAUGUUGAUCCUGUCUCAAGCACUGGGAGUAGGAUUGCCAGAUAAAUAUAUGUAAGGGUGCCCAGUUAAAUUUAAAUUUUAGACAAAUAAGUUUUAGUAUAAAUAGGUCCUAGAAAUUGCAUGGGACACACUUAUACUAAAAAAUUCUUCAUGUUUAUCUGAAAUUCAAAUUUGACUGGGGAUUCUGUAUUUUUAUUCGCUAAGUCUGGCGAUCUUAAUUAGGAGAGACCUGCCCAAGGAAACAAUUAUAUAUAACCAAAUAAUGAGCUGCUAUUAAAAAUCACCAAGUACUAUAACGUAUAAUAAGUUGUAGGGGUAGUUGUAUCAGCUGUAUAUCAAACAACCAUAAAAUCUCAGUGGCAUGUAACAGUAAGCAUUUAUUUAGCUCAGACGUCUAAUAGUUGACUGAUCUAGGCUGGGCUCAUCUAGGGGGCUUGGCCAAGGCAGCUUCAUUUCAUGUGUCCCUCUUCCUUUUCUUGGGGACAGUGGGCUAGCCUUGGCCUGCUCUUUUCAUGGCAAUAGAAGAAGCACAGAGGUCUUGGAAUUGGCAUACCACCACUUCCAUCUUACGCUAUUGGCUUUGGCUUUGGCCAAACUCAAAGCCAAAGGAUGUGGAAAUGUUCUCCAUCCUUUUAGUGGGAAGAACUGUGAAGACAUAGGGUAAAGAGUACGGAUGUGGGGCAGUAUGAAGAGUUGGGGCCAUAAAGCAAUCUAGUAUUGUAGUAACACCAACAUUAGCUUACAGUUAUUGGGCACUAACCACGUACCAGGUAUUGAUAAUUUUUCAAGGAUUAUUUUACGUAAUUUUUCAGAGCAACCAUAUGAGUUUGGUACUGUGAUUGUCUCUGUCUUCCUAGAAGUGGUAACUGAGUUUCAGAAAGGCUAAGUCGCCUGCCCAUAGUGACACAGUUAGGAUCGGGUGAAGCCAGGACUUAAGCGCCGAUGUCCCUGUAUUAAAUCCCUUCCUACUGGAAAUACUGCAAGUGUUUUCGUUUUCCUGACUGAACCCUGGCUGAUACCGUGGGUAUUCGAGAGGAAGAGGUGACCUAAAUGCCCAGAGGAUUUGCUGGGGAAAUCUGAGUAAGGAGGGAGCAAGGAGCUGCUCGAGGACAGCCCCUCCAGGGAGUACGCAGGGAUGUGUGUGAAGGCAUGUGUGUGGUCAGGCCACUCGAGAUGGCUGUUCUCUUGCUCUCUGUACGUCCCCUGGUCAACCUGUCCCUGCUUCAUCUGCACGCUACUCACUUGACUAUCCGAACCUCUUAAUCAUAGAACUUAACCAGUAACUGCCUACGUGUUUGCCCCCUGCCCCAGCUAGUGACUGUUCUAAUCCUUAGUCCAGGACGGCUCCAACUGCCAGUUUAUUAAAGGGAAACGUCUGCCCUUGUGAUGGUUGUUAACCAAAGGGGCUGUGCGGGAUGUGCCCCAGCGGCUGGUUUUCCCGGGAACUGAUGAGCCAACCUGACAUCAGUUCCCCCUAGAAAUGGUAGCCUCCCUGGCUUCAGGAGUGUAAGAUCCCCUGUCCAAUAAACCAUUGAUAGCUCUGUCGCUGUUCCCAGCCUCUUCCUUAUGGCCUCCUUUGGCCAUAGGAAGGCUUGCAGGCCUGUGGCGUGCAGCCCAAUGGCACGUGUAUGAGCAUUGUAUCCGUCAGGGCCUAGUCAGGAGACAGAAACCACACAGUAAUUCCAACAGGGGAGCUAGACUAUAAAGAAGUAUUAACUAGUGACAGGGGAUUGGCUACUUAGGGGUAAAGAGAACUCUGAAUAAUACAGGAGUGAAUUUGGGAGAGGUGCUUCUUAGAGCCUGAAAUUCAGAUCUCACUGGAGAGAGUGUGGCUGGGGCCACUGAACCAUGUAAAAGUUCACUGAGGUCAAGGUCAAGUGGGAAACUGUCCACUGGGUCGCCAACAAACCUCACCCAGAAGCUGCCUAGAAGUUGGUGUUAAGCUUUCCGGGAGGUCAUUGGAGACCCUUAGCUGGGAAACUGGUUGGGACAAGCUGCCCCCAAGGUGCCCCUGAAACCCUCUGAAGAUGAGUACCACUCAGUGUGCCAGCCCAGCAUUGUGAGAGUAAGAAAAAAGGGAAGUGUACCGGAACCGGGAAGAGAAGCCCCUUCUGAUGUCUCCCCAGCACCCUCUAUUGACAGAGCUUAACAUCAUGGGCUGGCGAGAGAAGUGCUUACAGGGCUUUGCUUCAGUGUCAGGAGCUGGGCAGUUAAGGACUUACAGCUGAGAGGCAGUAAACUGAUAACUGGGACAGCAUGAACGUACUAGGAAUUCAGUUCCCUUUCAACACACCUGCCUCAAUGCCCUGGGGGAAGGUCCUGCCUUUUGAGAAAUUCACCCCAAAUGAUACAUCACAAGCCCCUUCCAGGUUCAUGACCCUGAACCGGGUACUGAGGGGAAGACCAAGGAUCAUCAUAGGCACUCUUUGUGGAGUAUACAGUCUAGCUGGAGAGAGAGAAUGCUUCUUGAUGUUCUCUAGGUACGCCCUAGCUCAUCUGCCUUCCUGACUUUUUGCUGGUGGUUUUCUCAGCCUACAAAAUGCUUUCUCCUUUAUCUCCACCUAUGAAAGUCCCUCCAGCCUUCAAGGCCCAUUCCAGUGAAACUGUAUGCUUCGUGUCUCUCUGGCCACCUUGUGUUAAAUGACCUGGUGUUUGUCUCAUCCUCCCCUUAGAGCAGUGGCUGGAUGAGGGCAGGGCACGCUGCCUCGCUCUCAGCAGGGACCAGUAAAGGGUCAGUGUAGCCGACGGCCCUGGUCAGGCUGUGACUCCCUUCCGGCUAGUGAGUGUGACACAGGCAGGCAGACCAGAGAGUCAAGGAGCUACCCCUUCUCCUCUGUGUCCUUACACCCUCCAAGUAGGACCAGAGGCCUCACUUCCUGACCACUUUUGUUGUUUGAUCCCUCUACUCCAAUGUGAGUGAAUUAGCAGCAGGUGAAGUCCCACAAAGUUGGGUAUAAAUUAAAGGCUUGUAAGUUUAACUCUAUUUUAAAUGCUUGGAAAGCAGGGUGUUGAGUGUGAGAACCUUGCUAUUUAAAGGAAUUUUGUGCAUCAUUUCACAGAGCUGCUUUCCCCCAAUCUAUAAUUUCUGUAAGUCCAAGGGCCGUUUAUAUACUGGGCUUAUUAAAGCAAAGCCCCCCUGUGGUGAAGCCCGAAUACAGGUGCCCUUAUGCUCUACCCAGGUGGAAGCUCCUGAUGGGAGGAAUACUCCAAUGGAGAGCUGGCGUAAGGCUAAAAUUCUGGACUUCCAUCAUUCAGAACUGGAAGGGGGCAUGGAGACCCUCUAGCCUGGGCCUCAGGGGCUCUCAGCAAUAACUUCUGAAUAACUCAUCCAGGAUUAGAGGAGGGGCCCAGCAGAGUGCAGCAGAAAAUGUUCUGCCCCGAGGGUCGGGGUCCUGGGGUCCUGGGUUAAGCUCUGCCAUUGGCUAAGCAAAGACCCAGGCACGUCAUCGGAACCCUCCAGGGCUGCGGCUUCUGCACGUAAAACCUGGGGCUGUGAAAUUUGCCCUGCUUCAUGCUGGCCUGUUAUCCUUGCUCCCACCGUACAACAGGUGGGCGUGGAGCCAGGUGGUACUUCUGCCCUGAGCUGGCCUUCUAGAAUGUGCUGAAUGAAGUAUGGAAGGUCUCCCCUAUGACAAUGCUGAAGUCGCCCUCAAAAAAAUUCUCCUUGAAUGUUUCAUCUGAAACUCUUUUCUCAUUUCAUGUAAGUUAACAUAAAAUAAACGUAUUCCCGUAAAGAACUUUACUCUGCCUCCUUCCCUCUGCAGCUACAACAGGAGGGUGACCUUAACUCAGUGAAGCAAUGUUGGCCGACACUGCCCCCUUGUGGUCCGGUUUGUCCUUAUGGGGCGGCUCUCAGGCUAGGAGUUUUUCCAGAGGUUCUUGCUCCUGGUCGUUUGCAGAAUUCUCAGGUCACCCCAGACACACUAAAUCCAUAAGGCCCCUGGGAGGGAUUCCAGGCUCUAAAAAUGCCUGAUGGCAACCCAAAUCUGCAGAACUGGCUUUGUGGAGUCCGUGUUCCAGGGAAGAGAUUGAGGUGGGGAGGAAUACGUCAUAAACAGAAAUACGCACCAGCUGAGCUUAGACAGAACCACGGGAAUGAGACCAGCAAUGGAAGGAGCCAUAAGGGGGACCUGUGGCCAUCAGGACCUCUAGUGGGAAGCAGUUGGUCCCAGCAGGCAGGAGGCAUAGGAGAGCUGUGAUAGAAGCAUCUGGCUUUGUCCUGGGCCCUGGGGUACAACUUCCAGUCCUUGCAGGGGUGAAGGGCCAAGGGAUGCAGGCCCCAAGGUGGAAUGACAGGCAGAAAACUAAGACACUAGGAUGGGUGAAUCUGGCAGGGAAUCAACUUUUGGGCUUAGGAAAUCAGGUGAUGGGGCAGGACCAAGCACUCAGGUCUUGGACCUGGGGUAGCAGGUGGCUCGGUUUCUAGAACCGGGGGCUAGGUUAGAGCAGGCCUGGCCCCGAGUCUGACCUGUGCCUGUAAAUGCCAUGUCAUCCCACAGUGACUAGAGGCCUCUGGAUAGACGGAAGUCUCCAGAGGGGAGCGAAACCUGUGGGAAAGGAUUAAGUGCCUCUAGCUGUGCGUGAGGGGUUGUCAUUUAAGGCCUGUGUUUAGAUUUUUACAGGAUUCCAAGUAAGGCCUGGGCUUGGCAAAGUCUGAAAGAGCUUAGCUUGUGUUUCUUCUCUGCUGGCCCCAGCAGGGCCCCAGCUCCCCUCUGACGGCUCAGGCCUGCUUCCCUCUUCAACUUGUGCACCUGCUCUGAGCCUCAGAAUAACUUCGCAGCCAAGAAAACAAAGGUGCCACCAGAGCUGCCACCUGAGAGGGGUCCCAUCUACUGACUCACACCGCAUGGGGGUGGCUGAUGGAGGCUCACGAGCCAGUCUUCGUAGACAUAUUUGCACUGGAACUAGUAUCAAGGCCUCCGCACCCCAGUGAUGGAAUUUUAGGUGCAGAAGCAGAAUAAUGAGAGAGGUGGCUGGGAGUUUGGGGAAGGCUUCUGAGAACCCCUCACUGUGCCACAAGACGAUGAACACCCCAUCCGCUUAAAAUCCCAGCACUUAAAGUGAGAGCCUCCCUAAACACCCACACGUGGGCCAUGGCUAUGCUAUCUCUGCUGGUUAAGAGGCUGCUUGCGUCGCUGGCAGGAUCAAAAAUGGUUUCACUCUGACAGGGACUGGGUUAGCACCUGUGUCUUGCCUGUGGUUUAUAGGAGUUUUUGAUGUAAUUUUGCGUUCAGGUGUCACCUUAGAGCAGCUUUUCCUAGAAAGCCAGCCCUAAGGGAUGCAUGUGAAGAUCAAGUUUCCAUGACCAGAUGGGAAUUGGGAAGCCAUCCCCCAAGUAAACCAUCCCCCCUUCCCCCACUAGAAAUCUCCAGUUCACAUCAACAUAAUGUCUAGCAGUGAAGGAGCCUGUUUAAUGUGCAAAUUUAUUUGAUCUAGACUCAUUUUCCCCUGUGCGCUGUGUUUCCUGCCCUUAGAACUAGUUUCCUGCAGAACUCACAGGGACCCUGCCUUAGGGACGCUGGGAUCAUUAUUAGAGAGUGGAUUGAAAUGAGCUUUGACCUGCAGAAGCUGCCUGAAAGUCUCUGGCUUUGGUUUGCCUGAGUUCCCAGCGGCUUCCAGGGGCUUCCAUGGCAGCGUCAAAACUACUUCCAUUAUCUGUCUUGGCUACUACCUUGGCUCAUCCCCCCAAACAUGGGAUUGGAAGUGGGGUUGCCAGAUUUAGCCGCUAAAAAUACAAGAGGACCAGCUAAACAACGAAUCAUCUUUUAGUAUAAGUAUGUCUCAUGAGGUGCGCCAACCCUAUUGGGAAGAUGCCUGAGAGGUGUGGGGUGCUUCUGGGAACAGGCAGACACAGGGCUCCACGGAAGAACCACACUAGGGCCUCAGCAUCAUGCCCCCAGGUCUCCACAGCCAGUCACUGACUAGGACCUGCAGGUGUUAGGGCUCCACGGGCGUUGCCUCAUUUAAGUCCUCUCAGCAGGGAUUGUUAUUACCCCUAUGUAUAUGUGAAGAAACUGUGGCUCAGAGAAGUUAAGUGGUUUGUCCAUGUCACACAGCUGUUAAAGUAGCAAAGGCGAGAUCCAAGCCCAGUUUUCUUUCACUCCGAAGUCUGGUGUUUUACUUCCUCUUGGCCACAGCAGUUACUGUCUGUCCCACACCUGUGGACUGAACCAGUGUCUCUGCAGCCCCCCACAAGUCAUCCUGAAAGAGAUCCCACGACCUUUUGCCUCUCUGCCUUCUCUAGACCUUCCAAGGUUCAACACCCCGUAAGGUUCCCAGUGACCAGUGUUCUGCUAACAAUGUUGCUGGCCAAUACAGAGAGGGGAGGAAGUGGUGAGAGUUUUUGACUCUAUGAGACUUACUUGAGCCUUCCCUGCCCUCCCUUUUGGCUGUUCACCAGCAGUCAAAUGUCACCUUCUCUGUUCCCCUUGGACCAUUUCCCUUUCUGCCCCAGGCAGACUUCCUCUUUUGGGGCCUUAUGGCACGUGGUACACACCCUCGUGGCAGUGAUCACAUUGCAAUGCUACCAUUGGCUCACCUGUUUCUGGACCUCUGGACUUCAGGUUGUUUUUUUUUUAACUUAAUUUUUUAAAAAAUAUUGAUUUUAUUUGGCUGCGCCGGGUUCCAGUUGCAGCAGGCAGGCUCCCUAGUUGUGGCUCGUGGGCUCAUCAGUCUCAGCAUGCAUGUGGGAUCUAGUUCCCUGACCAGGGAUUGAACCCGGGCCCCCGGAAUUGGGAGCACAGAGUCCCAACCACUGCACCACCAGGAAAGUCCCUUAACUUAAUUUUUUAGAGAAAUUUUAGGUUCAUCCAAAAAGACUCCAGGCUUUUUUUUUUUUUAACUGAAUUUUAAAGAGAAGUUUUAGGUUCAUCCAAAAAGACUUAAGGCUUUCUUUUAGGACAGAGACUGUGUGAUUCAUCUGUCUCUCAGCACCUAGCAAGGCAUCUGGCUCAUAGCUGGGGUUCAAAUGCAUGUUUCUCUAGUGGUAAGUGAGGCAAGACACACUGGAAAUGAUUAAAAAACAACAGAGAGGGCUUCCCUGGUGGCGCAGUGGUUGAGAGUCCGCCUGCCAAUGCAGGGGACGCGGGUUCGUGCCCCGGUCCGGGAAGAUCCCACAUGCCACGGAGCGGCUGGGCCCGUGAGCCAUGGCCGCUGAGCCUGCGCGUCCGGAGCCUGUGCUCCGCAACGGGAGAGGCCACAACAGUAAGAGGCCCGCGUACCGCAAAAAACCCCCCAAAAACAAAGAGAUGUAUCCUUACAUGCAUCUUUGCUGUUGAAAAUGAAGUCGGUGACUGUUUUCUAGGCAUUCAAGUGUAGUUCUUUUUCAUGGCCCUGCCCUGGUUGGUUUUCAAGUUUGCCCUGGAAGCCUCAGCCCAGGGAGAAUCCUCCGUCCAAGAAGCCUCUCCCUGGCAGCAGUACCGCGUUUGUCCAGAAGAUGGCGGGCGAGGCCAGCAGGCAAGCGCCGCAGGGCGGCCAGAGCCAGGCCUGCACAGGUGACCCCUUUUCACAAAAGAUGUGGGCACCUGAAGCCUAUUUGCCAACCCUAUAAAUGCGCAUGGGUGAGAAGAACUGGCCUUCUGGGAAGGUUCUCGGGCUGACUUCUGGGAAGAGGAGACUUUCUGGGAGGGUGUUUUGGGGGAAACGUGGCAGCAGGUGGUGAAAGCGCUGCUCCUCAAAAACCCCCCUCUGAGUAGAGAAAACACUGUGGAAAAUGAACUUCCUACAAAGCAGACACAGCCCUCAAACUCUGCGUGAUUCGGGACGACAUGCUUUUCGCCUCUUGAAGCUCAUUUGCUUUGGAAAUGGCUCCUAGCUCCGUGACCACCUCCCCAGCUGACUGGAAGCUUCUCAUGGGUCAUGUUCCCCCUUUGCACGGCUCUGCAAACUCCAAACAGCAGGGUGUGACUGGCCUGAGCCACUUAAUAUGGCCCUCAGUUUCAUCUGUGAAAUGGGUGCUCAUGGAUCGCUCAGCCCGAGGAUCGAGUGAGCUAACAAGAUUCCUAUCAAUCAGCUGGCCUCAGUCGCCUCACAAAGAUCAGUGCCCAUGUUCGUUUUCUGUAAACUGUUUAAUAAAUAAAUACUUCACUUUACAUCAGUGUAGCCCAUGAUAAACCCACAGGAAACAAGAGCCACCAGCAGUGGUAGGAUCAGAAUACUUUAAUAAGAUAGCAGAGUGUCAAAAUACAUUUCCUUAUAAAGUUAAGCUCCCGUAUAGUAAUAAUGUUGUCAGUAGGAAUUUGACAUUUAUAAUAAUGUUCACGAAAUCAUUAUGUUGAUAGAUAAAGUUAAUAUGAAGUUUGGAAUAUUUUUCAGAGUGUUUUAGUAAAACUGCAAGGGUAAAAUGCCCUUCAUGCUGAGGCAAACACACAGAGAAAAUCAAACACCAGCGCUUACAUGUCAGUAACCCUUCAAGUUCUGCCGCCUGCCGUACGUGAGGCAGGGCUGUGGUGCUCAAGUAACAUUUUUGGCAACACAGUGACUAGGUAAUUUUUCUUUUGAGAUUUAAAUUUUAUUUUGUUUGGGGCAGUAAGUCCAUCCAGCCUUACCAAAUUCUUGGCUUGCUGUGUUUUGCUUUGUGUGUUUCUAGAAACUUCUUCAUUGUACCCAUGACGGAAAAGUUUCACGUGAUUGCUAUUUCGAAAACAAAUGGCAUCGUCCCUCUUACCUGGUGAGUUACGAGACGCUCUGAGAACACUGUUUUCAGUGCUUCCUACCUGUACACGUCACUUCUGGGGACAGACAGACCUCAAGGAGGGCCAGGGGCUGUCCCCGGAGUCUGCCUGCUGCACCUCGGCCGUGUAGGGCGAGCUGAUGGUGUGGCUGAGGAAGGGGCAUGAGAUGCGGCUGGUCAGGACCAGGAGCCCCCCUGUGUGCCCCCCUCAGUCCAGCUCCACGGGCUCCAAGGUGGUGAGCUGGGAGGAUGUGGACUGGGUCCCUAUACCAUUUCCAAAUCCUCACUUUCUUUCAUGAAUUCCCAUCUAAACCAUCUCAUGGUAGUUCUGGAAAUAUCCACGUGUGCCCCAUGAAAGACCAUUAGAGUCACAUAGCUCAGUGCACUUGAAGGGCUGGCAAUGAAACCUGAAGAAGAGUUUAAAGCGCUUCCCCUCCCUUAGAUUUGUCCCUAGCCUCCACCCCUGACGUGCCGUCAGACCCUCUUGGCAGUAAUAAUAAUACGUACGUACAUACAGAAUACAUACAGAACAUGAGGAGAAGGCAGCUGGCAAUGCUCCCACAUAAUGAUUCCACUUUCUGGAUUGUGUGUCACGCCUAUGGCAUGUCCCGAAAGCAAAAAGGCAACAGAGAGGGAGACCUUGAGCAGGGUUAGUACAGGCCCGUGGAGUUCUGUACAAUUCUGCAGUGUCAGCAACACCAUGAAAAAGAAGAUUAACAGCUUAAAAACGAUCUUAAAGUGAUUUUGUGAGCAGGAUUCCAUUUCCGUUUCUAAGUUUUUAGAUAUUAUAAAGUACCCAUAUAUAUGAUAAACACUUAACCCAGAUAUAAAUUUUCUUUUUAAAAAACUCAGUUAUGUUUUUGAAUAAUAAUUUAAAAAACUCCACCAAAGGCAGGGGAAAAACACCAGUUUAGGAAAAGCCAUACUGUGUAACUUUCACAGAUAACCACAUACAAUGGAGUUCACCCUUCACAUUUUUUUUCCCCCCAAAAAAUCGUAUCAAAAUUAGAGCAAAGAGUUGGCUUAAAAAAAAAAAAAAAAGACUGAAAUUUACAAUACAGUGAUUGAUU